AUGUCGUAUUUAGCAGCUCCUAUUAACAAGACUGAAUUACAAGACCUUCAUGGGUCUCAUGUAGACGGCCAGGGCGAAAAUUCAACUCAAACCGCGACAACUGGAGUGUUCUUAGAUCAAAACGAAGCCGAAUUUUUCGAUGCAGUCAAAAGUGGCGACAUUGACUUGGUCAAAAGCAAACUUGAUGACACCAACAAUCCCGUGAAUAUAAAUGCCACAAAUUGUAAUGGCGAAACUGCGUUGCAGAUUGCGGCCGAGAAUAGAAACUUUGAUCUAAUGAAAGAGCUUUUGACUAAAGAGGCGGACUUGAAGAAUGCUUUAUUGCAAUGCGUUAUUGAAAACGACUUAGAAUGUGUCAAAGUAUUGGUCAAAAACAAAACCGUACCAGUUGAAAUUUCAGACAUUGAAAUGCCGAGAGGUAGUUAUAACAUUACACCAACUAGUCUGGCUGCUCAAUUGGGCCACCAUGAUAUAGUGGAUUUUCUGAUUCAGAAUAAAUGUGUGAUUAAAGAGCCGCACGGUUGUGAAUGCACUUUGCCUUGCAAAGAAAAGUGCGAUGAUAAAUCAGAUAUGCUUCGAUCACAAAUUGCAAUAAAUCGCUUCAGGGGUCUUUCGAGCCCUGUUUAUAUGUGUUUGAGGUAAGUGCAAUCACUUUGAACGGUCUAGGUAGUGCCAAUUAAUAAGAAAGCUAGGGAUACUGGUCUUCUACGACAAAGAGCCUUCCCUUGAAACGUCGAAGUUCUCCUUGUAUUUUUCAGGUAGUUGUAUCCAUGUCAAUCCGAAGCUUUCUUCAUUAGUUUAAUGACUAUCGUUCCGCUUCAGUGGCCAGCGUAUGUGUCGUAGGUGACAAUAACACCAGAAAGCCAGCUGGGAUUUUGGCUGGGAUUGAGAAGGAUUCGACUGCAGAUUUCUUACAUUGUUGAUAGCCUGAAUUUUAGACGGUCACUCGAUAUCGUCGAGAUGACCUCGAGUAACCGUCUUGAAAUUCAUGCUAUGUGGGGUAGCUAUAAUAUUGGCUUAAUUAUGUUGAUCACAAGAUUUUACCCAGACUUUUCAUGCAACGAAUCGUUGACAACAGUUUGAGCGUACCUUUACCAAUCAGUGUAAUCACAGUACAGACUACAGACCUGACAUUGCAAGCAUUAGAUGCACUUCGUUGGGAAAGUAUUUUAAUAAGUAUAUUUAUUAAAAAAUAGACAUCUUAACUGAAGGGCACUCGGAGAUUACAUACUUCCGCAGGCGAAUUAAUUAAAUUAAGUUACGUAUCAUGCAUAAAUUAUCAAAGACUUUUGAUAAUUUCUAGAACCCUGAAUCCCACUCGAGAGACAACGCAUUUUUUGUUCAGAUUUAACAUGGAAUACAGCUUUUCACGUCGUUCAGGAUACUUCUGUGAGUCAGACCACUCAGAGGUCAAACAAGGAUGACAUUUUAUAUACCACUCUAGAGUCUAGAUCUCGCUCUGACUCUUCCACAGUCCCCCUAACGGCAUCAACUAUUUCGCUGACCUCAGAAUGACAUUUCGUCAAAACUUUUUUCUUCAAGAUUGGUUUAGAAACAAAUUUGGAGUAGGGUUCGGUUAGAUUAGGGUUAGGAUUAGAGUUGGUGUUUGGAGUAGGGUUAGUGUUAGUAAAACCGUUGCUUUGUUACGUUUUGUCACUCCGAGGCCAGCGAAAUAAUUUCUUCCGUCCCUAACGUUGUUUAUUCAUGCAACGAUUCAUGGGAAUGCGAUGAAAAUUGAGUGUAACGCAAAGGACCAUGGGAAUGCCCCGAGGCGUUCAUUCGGCGCGCGUUGGGUAAGCGACUGGGUACGAGUCAGACUCUCGCUCGCAUUUGACUGCAGGUUCGAAUCCUGUCAAGGACUUGUAGCUGCAUUUUUCGCAGCUAUUCCUGGUUAGGUGUAAAGGCCCGUUUCCACUCAAGAAAAAUUUCCACGGACAGAAAAUUUUCCGAAAAUAUCAUUGUUAAAAGUUGAAAAUUUUCAACUUCAAAAUGUUUUUCCGACGGAAAAUGGACCAUUCCCAAUUAACCAAAAUUUUGAACUCAACAAGUCUAGACAAAAAUUUCAUCACAGCUGCUUGAAAGGGCAUCACAAAAUUAGUAAUAUUCCAAAGAUUCGUUGCGAAGUGUUGUAAAAUGCGGAUAAUAUAGCCUUGCGAACUUUGCAAUUUUCAGUCAUUUUAGAUUACAAACGGGAAAUGGUUACCACUUUUCCAAAAUUUUGAUCUUAACUAGCCUAAACAAAAAUUUCAUCACAGCUUGAAAGAGCAUCACAAAAUUAGUAAUAUUCCAAUGUUUCGUUGCAAAAUGUUUUAAAAUGCGGAUAAUAUAGCCUUGCAAAGUUUGUAAUUUUUAGUCAUUUUCUAUUACGCACGGAAGUGGUAACCAUUUCCCGUUUGUAAUCUAAAAUGACUGAAAAUUGCAAACUUCGCAAGGCCAUAUUAUCCGCAUUUUACAACAUUUUGCAACGAAACAUUGGAAUAUUACUAACUUUGUGAUGCUCUUUCAAGCUGGGAUGAAAUUUUUGUUCAGGCUAGUUAAGAUCAAAAUUCUGGUUAACUGGGGAAUGGUCCAUUAAUAUGGAAUAAUCGUUUAUAUGUCUGAGUAUAAUAUUGUAAACGUCAGCUGUAUUUCAAGACCACUGCAUCAACUGACUGCUUUAUGCUUAAUCUUAAAGGUACUUAAACACAGAGGGAAGCAAUGUCGAUCCGUUGACUCAGGCUUUUGAUCUGAAUACGAAACUAGAAAAGCGAGCUUCGGACGAGCCAGAAUUGAAGAAAGAAUAUCUUAAAAUUUCCGAAAGAUGCAAAAAAUUCGCGACAGAUUUAUACAAUGGUUGUCAAAGCAUGGACGAAAUUACCGCGCUUUUGGACAUCGCUAGUGAAAAACAGUCCAAUUCGAGUUGUGAAUCUUGCGCUAGUGAAAAACAGUCCAAUUCGAGUUGUUUGCCUUGCGCUAGUGAAAAACAGUCCAAUUCGAGUUGUUUGCCUUGUGGCAAGAAAGUGGUAAAGAAAUUGAGGAAAGCAAUCAAGAGUGAUCAUAAAGAGGUUGGUCGAGGCUAAUUAAUAUUAAGGAUUGAGGUCGUUGGAUGAUGGUCGAGUAAUACUUUAAAAUUAAAUCGCGCUUUAAUUAAAACAAUCUUUCUUGCUUCGCUCACCCUUAGGAAGCAUCGGGCUAUAGGAAACAAUAUGUUUCCAACUUCUGGAAACAUGGCUAUGGCAAAACAAUGUUCCCUGGUUUGUCCAGCUUUUGGAAGCAUGGCCAGGGAACAAAGUUUCCUGGUUUGUCCAACUUUUGGAAACAUGGUUUGGAAGACAAUAUUCCUCCAAUGUUUCCUAGUUUUUUCGACCUUUGGAAAACAUGGCUAGUAAACAUUGUUUUGCCCACCUUUGGCAAACAUGGCUAGGAAAUAAUAAUGGCGCUUCCCAAUAUGGCAUCGGCCUUACAAUUAUCAUUUAGGAAAGCUAGGAAGAAAAUUCAAAACAAUGCUUCUGUAACAAUAUAUCGGGGCUAAACUAUAUUUUUUCUUUAGUUUGUAGCACAUCCGCACACCCAGCAACUCCUAAACGUCGUAGUCUACUCCGACGUGCCCAAGAAGAUCCACAGAAGAUCAUUCUUUUCCAACAUCCUCCUAUUUAUCCUCUACACCAUCAUAUUCCCUCUCCUGGUGUUAUUGUAUCUCGCGAGUCGAGACAAUUGGGUAUCAGAAAUGAUGAAAACUCCCUAUUUUAAAUUCAUCAGUCAUCUUUCGCAGUUCAUUGUAUUUCUGAUCUUGAUUGCUGCCUCAGCGCUCCGAGAUAGUCAUACUCCGUCAGGCUUAGGUAAGAACAUUGCCUGAAGAUGCCUUUUACCUGCUUCAAGUUCUGAAAAGAUUGGCCAGCUGCUCGGAUUCUUUUCUUUCAUCUUUUUUCAUCCCACGCCAACCGUCAGUUCCUUGAUAUUUAGAUCUACUUAGACCUUGUUAUUUAGCAAGAAAGUCGGUUACAGAGGUUUCCAUCUUCGUAACACCUGUGACCGACUUUCUUUUAUUUCUUCUUGCUAUCUCUGCAAUGUCUACCACUCCACAUUUUCUCCCGAUCUCAAAUUAUCGUCUUCGGUCUCCCCAGUUCCUCUCCAUCUCCAUAUCUCCAUCUCCAUCUUUCUUUCACCUCUUCUUUAUAUAUCACCCUAGCCUCCUUCAUCUUCUCUACAAUGUCUACCACUCCACAUUUUCUUCUGACCUCUGCACUCCAUAUUAUCCUUACAUAUCGUCUUCUGUCUCCCCAGUUCCUCUCUCUAUCUCUAUAAUGUCUGUGAUCGACUUUCUUUCAAUACUAUCUCAGCCUUGCCUGCAUCCUCUUCUUUGCAAUGUCCAUCACCUCACAUCUUCUUUUGAUCUGAUUGGCUCCCCUUUAUCUCUUCUUAAUACGUGUCCAUACCACCUCAGCCUUGCCUCCUUCAUUUUUUCCGUAAUGUCUACCACCCAACAAGUUUUCAGAUUUUUUACAUUGCAUAAUGUCUCUGACAGUCUCCCCUCCAUCUCUUAUUACGUGUUCAUACAAUCUCAGCCUUGCUUCCCUCACCUUCUCAGUAAUGUCUACCACGCCAUAUCUUCGUUUGAUCUCAUUACUCCAUCAUGUGUCUGACCAGCUCGUGACGUCGCAAUGUCUAUCCAGACGAACUUAUUGUACUAUGAUAGCUCGAUCUAUACUGACAAUGUUUCUUGCAACAAAUCAUACCUGGUAUUUUCCAAAUUGUGCGUCCAAUGUCAAGCCUUAACGGUUGAUAUGUCUGUUUGGUGCAUUUAUACCAGAUAAACUAUUUCUUAUUUUUCGAAAUCCGUCCAAAUGGAUCUGCCGAGUUUAAAUCAGACCACUGAACGUUUUCAACCUCACUUUUCAGAAUAUCUGAUAAUCAUCACAGUUGUUGGCAUGAUUGUUCAAGAGGUCAAAGAAAUGUUCAAUCAUACACCGCGGAUUAGUUAUUUCUUUAAAUGGUGGAACAUUGUCACAACAAUAAUGUUAACACUGUUUGUUCUGGCUACCCUCUCCUGGAUAGUAGGCUUUGCUAUUACAGGAGGGUGGUCAGUGGUGAAUUAUUCUCUGUCUCAAUUUGCCGAGUCCAAAGAUGGCUAUCAACUCCUGUUGCUGGGCAACAGCUUCUUCUCAUUGGCUAUCGUCGUCAGCAUUUUUCAUUUGGUCGACAUGUGUCAGGUAAAGUCACAACCAUUUGUUUUGUUCAACUUUGCCAAACAACUUUUUCGCAACAAUAUUUGCCAGUUUUUACUUCGGGAAAGAGACAACUACGAAACGAUGCUUCCUGGUUUGCCCACUUUUGGGAGUCAUGGCUAGGAAACAGUAUUUCCUGGUUUUGCCAACUUUUGGGAAAUAUGAAUAGAAAACAAUGCUUCCUGCGUUGCCCAAUUUUUGUGAAUCAUGGCCAGGAAACAAUAUUUCCUGGUUUUGCCCACCUUUGAUAAAAAUGGCUAGGAAACAAUGCUUCCUGGUUUGCCCACCUUUGAGAACAUCAUGGGUAGGAAACAAUGUUUCCUGGUUUGCUCACUUUUGGAAAAUAUGACUAGGAAAUAAUCAGCAACAAUACAGUUUGCUCUGCGUCUUCGUAAAUCAAAUCUAUUUUGUUUCUUUAUAAAUUCUAGGUCAAUUCCGUCCUUGGUCCAUUGCAACUCUCGCUAUAUCGUAUGCUUCAAGACGUUUUAAAAUUCCUUCUCUUUUUUGCCGCCAUUUUUGUGGCAUUUGUGAUGGGAGUACGUAAUCUCUACUCGUACUAUAAUAGUAUCCAGGCGGAGAUUGCCGAGCACAGCAACAAGAAUAACAGUAUGAUGGCAGAGACUAACCAUCCAUUUUCCACGUAAGUUUAGGCAGAUUCUACCAAACAAUUCAGAGUUUUUUUCGUGCACUAACAGUCUAACACCAAUGGACCAUUGAUGAAUAGCCCUUACUGGACCUCUAGGAAGAAUAGGUUAGAACUGAUAGAUCAGACCUAUCCAGUAUAAACUGAUAAACUUAGUUUAUAUUUCCUCCUGUAGCAACCGUUUACAACAGAUACAGCCAUCCAGUAUAUCUAGUAAAGUUAGUUAAUUUCGGCUUUCCUCCAGUAGUAACACUUGACUUCUAGGGAGAACAGUUUAGUUUGAUAGCUUGAUAGUUUGAUAGUUUAUUUGACACUAAAACUUACAGCUCCAGAAUAUAACUAAUUCCACUACUGAAAUAUGUUAGGUUUACAAGGAUAUUAAAACUAAUUUUACAUGUAUUUUGUUUAAGAAAACGAAUAAGAUUAGACUAAAAUACUUAAAAAUACACAUUCACAUAUACAUAUACUGUAUGCGCAGACUUAUAAUUUGUUACUAAAACACUCACUAAUGCUAAUUUAGAUUAGGUUAAAAAACCAGCAUAUUCGCGGUAAACUGAUAGAGCUAGUUGAAAGUGAAAGUGAAGUUUAAAUGAGAUACAUUCCGUCAAUUUUAUUUCAUUUUUUAGAUUUUCUCAAUCAGUUCAAAGCAUGUUCUGGGCUCUCUUUGACAAAAUUGACUUGGAAGAAUUUGACACGAAAGAUAGAACGUUUGAAAUCACACAGGAAACUGGGAAGGUUUUAUUCGCAUUUUACUCAAUUUGUGCUAUCAUGGUCGCGCUCAAUAUGCUUAUUGCAAUGAUGAGUCAUUCGUAUGAGUAUAUUUCGGUAAGAAAAACUGACUUAAUUUAUACUGGAUAAAGUUCCAAAUUGUUUUCGUUCACUACAGGAAAAGACCUAAACUAAACUGAUUUUAUUUAUAGUGGAUAACUCCAUCAGUUCUAAAACCAUCUUCUUGGAGAUUCAAUAAGGGUCAUAACUUAACUAAAUAAAUGCUUGAUUUUCUUUAUAUUGGACCCCUAGAGUCACCCCUCAUUGUUUUGGGAAAACUGAAGACACUCUUCUCGCAUUCAUGCAGUGGUGAUAUAAUCAAACAGUUGCAUUUUGCAGGAGUUGGACCCAGAGAAGCCGACGAUCAGGCUUUUUAUUGGGGCGGGGAGUUCUUCAAUUUCCCGAAGAGCCUUGUCGCAGGCUGGGCAGGGAGACAAAAGGCAUUAUUAUAUAUCAAUAGUCAAAGUCGCAUUUUUCUAGUGUUUUAUUGGUUGAGAGCAUAUCACGUGAGAGUGACGAAAUUAGGCUGUCUCCCUCGCAACAGCGCGAGAGGGAGAUAAUACGUUAUCGACCGGCAAAUAACAAAAAAAAUCACGUGCGCCAUCACGUGAAGAUGCGACUUUUGGACAUGCCUCCUAGUACGUAAUUAAAACUUUCGCUUUAAGUAACUGCAGUGUAGCCAGUGUUUAAUAUAACGUUUUAACAAUAAAAUAUUUCAUGUAUUUACGUUCAUUUGUUCUUUAAUUUGUUGUUUCUUUGACUAUUGAUAUAUAAUAAAACACUUAUUUACUGAGACCGAGGGAAGCAGUGUGUUUUGUGGACCCUCGACCGUCGAUGUGUAUUUUUUCUAUUUGUAGCAAGAUGACGAUAUUCAAUGGAAAUACAGUCGCACUCAACUAUGGUUAGAAUUUGUUGAAAAAGGAAGCGUCCUGCCAGCACCUUACAAUCUCCUGCCCAAUCCAUGGGAAAUUUAUGACUUUUUUAAAACGGUGCGUCGAGUCAUAUAGUAAAUAUAACACGUUACAAAUAAGCCUAGGGCCAAUGGAAGACGAUGAGACCUUGUCUUCUAGCCAUGCUUUCCAAAGAUGGGCAAAACAAACUUUAACAAAGAAACAUUGUUUCCUAUCCAUGUUUCCCAAAGGUGGACAAACCAGGAAACAGUGUUUCCUAUAGCCAUGUUUCCCAAAAGUAGGCAAACCAGAAGAGUGUUUCCUAGCCAUUCCCAAAGGUUGGCAAACCAGAAAACAUUGUUUCAAUGUUUCCUAUCCAUAUUUCCCAAAGGUGGACAAACCUGGAAACAUUGUGUCCAAACUGUGUUUUCUGAAGGAGGGCAAACAUGGAAACAUUUGUCAGCAACAUUUUCCGGCAGAGUAACUUAGAUCUGACUUAGUUACAAUAAAUACUGCAUGCAUGGCUGUGGAAUAUCCAGACAAGCAGGUUGAAAGUUAAAAACUAAUAAAACAAUGUCCUUUUCAGCUUAAACCAAUGAGAGAUCUAGAUGAACCUUCCCGAACAGAUGAAAGGAAACGUUGGAAGGAAGAGAUGGAAGCAAAGGUAUGGUUCCUUUCUUUUUCCGAACGCCACCUCCCUUGAUGAGUAAAAUCGUCUGGCAUUAGACAGAGUGAAAUAAACGGACAUAGUACUAUAGUGCGGUGCAUGCCCUGGAGCACGCGCAAAACAUACACAAGACAUAUGCUGUAUGAUUCCGAACAAACAAACAGAAGAAGAAGAAUUUUAUUCGUAAUACAUUUGUUGGUUCGAUUCCCACCGUGGCCAAGCAUAUUUUUCAAGCCUGCCCGGUGUGGAUAUACACUCAGAGUAACAUCACACAAGCAUCUUAUUCACCUGAGUACAUUACAUCAACACAGCAAAAUACAUACAACACAUUAUUAAGACAAAGUUAGCAGGGGGUCUCUGAAGUAGCUUUAACGCUAAUCGAAGUCAGAUAACCGAUAAAAGUAUUCGAGCCACUGUGGAUCAACAUUAAGUGUUCCGUCUGAUGAUCUGCACUGGAAUCGCAGGGCCGUAGGUUCAAUUCCUACCACGAGGACCUGUGCUGCAUUUUUCGCAGUCGUUCUUGGUCAGGUCUUAAAGUGUAUAUAUACUCACUUGGAUUACUAACCCUAAAAACAGCAUUCUAGUAAAGCGAAGCCUAACCUCGUUUGGGCACCGCAAUCUGGCGUUUGACAAGAUGUGUGUUUAACAUUUUAGAGAAAAACGAUCAUCAAUCGUCUGGUACGCCGUUACUUUCGCACUGAGGAAUCUCAAAGAAAGAAAGAAUUGGGCACUUUAAAAGACAUCGAAGAAUGUAAACAUGAAAUCGUCAAAAUUUUGAAAGAAAACCAGGCAGCGAAUGCUAAACUUUGAAGAAGCUAUGCUGAAUGGACAACGAAAGAAAAUGCCAAAGGGCAAAAUUGUUAACCUCUUUAAAAAAGAAUUCUCCGGCGACUCUGCUCAUGUGUGGUUAAAUGAAGUUAAGGAAAUCAGAAAUUGAUGUUUUUUAUUAUUAUUAUUAUUAUUUAAAAAUAUUUAAAAACGGUAGUCCUUCAGGGCACAUAGGCACCUGCUUUUCAAGGCACCUGCUUGAGGUUUUUGUGAUAUGCGGAAUUAUCAAGGUCGAGGUAAGCGUUAUCAGCCUCGCCUUCGGCUCGGCUGAUAACGCUUACCUCGACCUUGAUAAUUUUGCAUAUCGCAAAAACCGAAUUCAGUAAUUGUUUUAUUAUACAUUUGAAGAAUAAUAAACAUAGUAUUUUAAAUAAUAAAACAAUUAUUGAAUUCGGUUUUUGCGAUAUGCAAAAUUAUCAAGGUCUACCAACUACAAUGUAUAAUAAUUAAUAUUUUUUGUAUAUAAUUAAUAAUUCUAUACGUAUAAUUAAAAAACUCAUUAAUAAUUCAUGAAGAAAACACAAAGAAAAAUCAUAAGCGUAUCGUAUCUGUAUAUGUGAUACAGAUUCAUGUUGAUUUACAUAAAUUUUAACUUUGAUUUUCUCGGCUUUGACAACGUUUAUUUUUAAAAUUACUUCGCCAAUGAAUUCAUAAGCUGAGUCGUUUUUUAAGUUGUUUACAACAUUCGCGUCCGUGUUGUAUCAGAUAUACAAAUUCUCGCCUUCGGCUCGAGUUUGUAUAUCUGAUACAACACGGCCGCUCAUGUUGUAAACAUUACUUGUGAAAUCAUGAGCGUGAAGGAGUUUGUACAUCUGAUAGAAAAUCAUGCUGAUUCACUACAUAAGCUUUUAAACAUAGUCGUACGGGGUUGAUGCUUUCCAGGGUGCAGUUGAAAGUUUGCCCGAAUUUUAUGGAGGAUUGUAAUGAAAUUACCUGAAUUUAACCUAUUUUCUGAUAAAUCUGCCCGAAUUUUCUUGAUUUUUCCUAGCAUUUGCCCGAAUUUCCAUGGUUUUCCAAAUUGUUUUUUUUUGGGGGGGGUCUGUCCCCGUCUCGUACGCCUAUACUUUUAAAGUUUAAUUUUCUCACCAAAUAUCAUUCAUUUAUUCUAAAUUCGGUUCAAGAAUACGAAUGUCCUCAUCGAGACGUUUCACAAGCUAUAUAAAGCAUACUGUAUGCGCUUAAUCGGCUAAAUUAUUCAGUAUUCCGCAAAGCAGAUUAAGGUGUGAAACUCAGGCGUAAAACUCCGAUUACCUACCGUUAAAUUUUAAUAAUCGAAAGCGAAAUAUCGAUAAAAUAAAUUUUAAGCCAAGAGAGCAGAAUGCAAGAUGAAAGUAAGGACUUAGGAUAUAUGAGGCGUGAUAUCCGCCAAAUAUGUUUAUUUGAGCCAGUGGAUUGUAGGCUAGUGGAUUGCGGCAUGUCGGAUAUGUCAAUAACCUGAUCUGCCAAUAAAGGCGAAAACAUCGCCCAACGUGUGUGCGUGGAACGCAUAUUAUAUAACAAUACUGCCGAGAAGAUUAUACGUAAUAGACGUCGCUAUGGCCUUAUCCGAAGCGGUUACCUGACCUUAAUAUUGAGUUUGUAUUUUUUUGUGACUUUUUAACCCUCGACUUUUUACCCUCGACUUUUUACCCUCGACUUUUAACCUUCGACUUUUUACCCUCGACAUUUAACCCUCGACACUAGACACUAGACACUCGACCAAUAGAUAAACUCGUGGUAUAGCACUAAUUAUACAAUUAUUUUAGAAUUGAUAACACUAUCCAGUAUGAAUAAAGGGUCCUACUAAAGAAUGCCCGGGAAUUCUUUAGUAGGACCCCUCUGACACUGUUUUAGUUUUUAGUUUUUAUUUUAACAGCUUUAUUGAACGAUGUUCAAACGGCAAGAGUGCGAACAGGACUCAAGACCCAUGCGAGGCACUCUCCCUCUUGAAUUUUGUUUAAUCUAAUAUCAUUAUUUACAACAAUAUUAUAAAUUGGUAAACAUAUACCAGCUGAUUAAUAUCAAAUAUAACGAAAAAUUCUUCGUUAACGUCGGUAGUGGUCACACAAAUGAAUUUGCAUACAUUGCUUUUUGUCGUCAAGGGGUGAGCGCUGGCGCUAUAUCUAUGGGUUAAUACCAAGUUGAUUGCACCCCAAUGCGCCCUACUUUAUUAUUUCACCAUGUCUACCGCCAGACGAUUUUGACGUUGUUUUUGUCUUGAUGGAUGAUCCGUCGUACGGAUUUACGUCAACUAGUAAACGAACAUUUGACUGUUUUUUUUUGUGUAUAACUUGUGUGUUGUCAAUAAAAAUUUUUAUACAUGAUGUAUUCGCACUAAUUUCUUAUCACGUCUGUAAAUAUCAACAACGAAUUCAAAGAAUUCGUUGUCUUGAGCGGAACUCGAAAGAACAGCUUCGCCAAUGCUUUUAAUUUCCGGCAUUGAGUGCUUGUGGCGCGCAUGCAUUCUAUGCGUAUUUUUGGGCUGCUAUGCUUCUGCCCACCAACAGUACUCAAAUUUAGGGCUAUAAUUUCUAAACAGCACAGCCAACAGUAGAGAAAUUAGCCUGAGUAUCAGGCUUUAUCAGGAAAAACAGUACGAAUGAACCUAUGGGACAAUGAAACCGGAUCUGAUUUGCGGUGUCAAGUUUCAGUAAGCAGAUGGUGAAUCAUGUGGUGGGUUUAACUACUUCUUGUAGUCAUUGUUUUUCUGAGAAUCUGUUCUACGAGAUCUUUCCGAUGGUAUUGGUGGGAGGAAGUCGAAAUUCAUUGAAAUGCAAAUGAAUCGAAGUGAUUAAGACCAAUUUGGAAGUCGGAACUUUGAACACCAUAAUAACACCACUGAAUAAUACACUUUUCUGGUUUCUAUUACGAACAAAUAUGGCAAAUAUGUCGUACUUAGAACCUCCUUGUACCAAGAUUGGAUUGCAAGACCUUCGCGAGUCUCGUGUAGACGGCCCGGGCAAAAAUUCAAUUCAAACCGAAGAUCAAAACGGAACCGAAUUUUUCGAUGCAGCCAAAAGAGGCGACAUUGACUUGGUCAAAAGCAAACUUGAUGACACCAACAAUCCCGUGAAUAUAAAUGCCAUAAAUCGUAAUGGCGAAACUGCGUUGCAGAUUGCGGCCGAGAACAGAAACUUUGAUCUAAUGAAAGCGCUUUUGGCUAAAGAGGCGGACUUGAAGAAUGCUUUAUUGCAAUGCAUUGUCGAAAACGACCUGGAAUGUGUCGAAGUACUGCUCGAAAACAAAACCGUACCAGACAAUGAAAUUUCGAAAGAUAGUUACAUUACACCAACUAGUCUGGCCGCUCAAUUGGGCCACUAUGAGAUAGUGCAGUUUCUGAUUCAGAAAAAGUUUCGAAUUCAAAAGCCGGAUCCUUGUGAAUGCGCUGGCAAAGAAGAAUGUGAAUCAGAAUCAGAUAUGCUUCGAUCACAAAUUGCAAUAAAUCGCUUCAGAGGUCUUUCAAGCCCUGUUUAUAUGUGUUUGAGGUAAGUCCGUAAGUGCAAUCACUUUGAACGGUGUAGGUAGUGCCAAUUAAUAAGAAAGUUACGGAUUGCCGACAGGGAUACUGGUCUUCUCCGACGAAGGGCCUUCGCUUGAAACGUCGAAGUUCUCCUUGUAUUUUCCAGGUAGUUGCAUGUAUCCUUAUCAAUCCGAAGCUUUCUUAAUUAGUUUAAGUAUAGAAGAAGAUGAAGAUGUUGUAUUGUAAACAACGAAGCGUUAGCUAAUAAUUUUUUACUUUUGUCAGUAUGUUUGGUUUUAAAGUUAUUUGCUGGGCUCUGCUUUUUAUCUUUAAACUAGUUUAAGUAUAGGUUACUGAUUUUGAGGCAACGAGGGGAUAUGUGAUGUCUUCGUGAUGUUUUUUCAGCUCAUUUUUUGUGCUGCAAAGACAUCACAGGUGAAUAUUACUAGAGGGGAUUAUUAGAGGGAAAUUGAUUGGAGGGGAAUAUUCCCCGAUAAGAACAAAGGAAACCGAGCAAUGUGACAAAUAAUGAGUAUCGUUCCGCUUCAGGGGCCAGCGUAGGUGACAAUAACACCAGGAAGUCAGCUGGGAUUUUGGCUGGGAUUGAGAAGGAUUCGACUGCAGCUUUCUAACAUUGUUGGCAGCCUGAAUUUUAGACGGUCACUCGAUAUCGUCGAGAUGAUCUCGAGUAACCGUCUUGAAAUUCAUGCUACAAUGUUGCCUGUCUUUGUUUGAACACCAUAUGUUGGGUAUAACUAAUAUUGGCUUAAUUAUAACUAAUAUUGACUUUACCCAGACUUUUCAUCCAACGAAUCGUUGAACAACAUCAUUCAAUGGUUUGAACGUACCUUUACCAAUCAGUGUAAUCACAGUACAGACUACAGACCUGACAUUGCAAGCAUUAGAUGAACUUCGUUGGGAAAGUAUUUUAAGUAUAUUUAUUAAAAAAUAGACCUAUUAACUAUCAAGGGCACUCAGAGAUAACAUACUUCCGCAGGCGAAUUAAUUAAAUUACGUAUCAUGCAUAAAUUAUCAAAGACUUUUGAUAAUUUCUAGAACCCUGAAUCCCACUCGAGAGACAACGCAUUUUUUGUUCAGAUUUAACAUGAAAUACAGCUUUUCACGUCGUUCAGGAUACUUCUGUGAGUCAGACCACUCAGUGACAAACAAGGAUGACAGUUUAUAUACCACUCUAGAUUCCAGAUCUCGCUCUGACUCUUCCACAGUCCCUAACAUUGCUUAUUCAUGCUAUGAUUCAUGGGAAUGCGAUGAAAAUUGAGUAUAACGCAAAGGACCAUGGGAAUGCCCCAAGGCGUUCAUUCAGCGCGCGUUGGGAAAGUGACUGGGGACGAGUCAGACUCUCGCUCGCAUUUGAUCGCAGAUUCGAUUCCUGCGAAUGACUUGUAGUUGCAUUUUUCGCAGCUGUUCCUGGUUAGGUGUAAUAAAUGUACAUAAAUUUCCAUUCACUAAUUUCCAUCUACAAGGCCCUUCAAUUAAUAUGGAAUAGUCGUUAAUAUGUCUGAGUAUGAUAUUGUAAACGUCAGCUGUAUUUCAAGACCACUGCAUCAACUUAAAAAUGACUGCUUUGAGCUUAAUCACCCCUUAAUCUUAAGGUACUUAAAGACAGAGGGAAGCAAUGACGAUGGCAAUGACGAUGGCAAUGGCGAUGGCAAUGACGAUCCGUUGACUCAGGCUUUUGAUCUGAAUAUGGAACUAGAAAAGCGAGCUUCGGACGAGCCAGAAUUGAAGAAAGAAUAUCUUAAAAUUUCCGAAAGAUGCAAGAAAUUCGCGACAGAUUUAUACAAUGGUUGUCAAAGCAUGGACGAAAUUACCGCGCUUUUGGACAUCGCUAGUGAAAAACAGUCCAAUUCGAGUUGCGAACCUUGCGCUAGUGAAAAACAGUCCAAUUCGAGUUGUUUGCCUUGCGCUAGUGAAAAACAGUCCAAUUCGAGUUGUUUGCCUUGCGCUAGUGAAAAACAGUCCAAUUCGAGUUGCGAGCCUUGUGGCAAGAAAGUGGUAAAGAAAUUGAGGAAAGCAAUCAAGAGUGAUCAUAAAGAGGUUGGUCGAGGCUAAUUAAUAUUAAGGAUUGAGGUCGUUGGAUGAUGGUCGAGUAAUACUUUAAAAUUAAAUCGCGCUUUAAUUAAAACAAUCUUUCUUGCUUCGCUCACCCUUAGGAAGCAUCGGGCUAUAGGAAACAAUAUGUUUCCAACUUCUGGAAACAUGGCUAUAGCAAAACAAUGUUCCCUGGUUUGUCCAACUUUUGGAAACAUGGUUUGGGAGACAAUAUUCCUCCGAUGUUUCCUAGUUUUUUCGACCUUUGGAAAACAUGGCUAGUAAACAUUGUUUUGCCCACCUUUGGCAAACAUGGCUAGGAAAUAAUAAUGGCGCUUUCCAAUAUGGCAUCGGCCUUACAAUUAUCAUUUAGGAAAGCUAGGAAGAAAAUUCAAAACAAUGCUUCUGUAACAAUAUAUCAGGGGCCGGUUGUAUAAAACUCUUAAUUACUUUUUAAUCACUAUUUUGUAGUUAAAUAGUGAUUAACUCUCAAAUACGCGCUUCUUAUUGGAUGACGUUUCCACUAACUAUAGUUAACUUUAAUCACUUUUUUAUACAACCGGCCCCAGGGCUAAACUAUUUUUUUCUUUAGUUUGUAGCACAUCCGCACACCCAGCAACUCCUAAACGUCGUAGUCUACUCCGGCGUGCCCAAGAAGAUCCACAGAAGAUCAUUCUUUUCCAACAUCCUCCUAUUUAUCCUCUACACCAUCAUAUUCCCUCUCCUGGUGUUAUUGUAUCUCGUGAGUCGAGAUAAUUGGGUAUCAAAAAUGAUGAAAACUCCCUAUUUUAAAUUCAUCAGUCAUCUUUCACAGUUCAUUAUAUUUCUGAUCUUGAUUGCUGCCUCAGCGCUCCGAGAUAGUCAUACUCCGUCAGGCUUAGGUAAGAACAUUGCCUGAAGACGCCUUUCACCUGCUUCAAGUCCUGGAAAGAUUGGCCUGCGACCAGCAGCCAAUGGCCACCGUCAGUUCCUUGACAUUUAGAUCUAUUUAGACCGCGAUAUUUAACAAGAAAGUCGGUCACAGAGGUUUCCAUCUUCAUAACACCUGUGACCGACUUUCUUUCAUCUUUUCUUAUACCAUCUCUGCAUUGUCUACCACUCCACAUUUUCCUCUGAUCUCUUCAUUCGAUAUUAUCGUCUUCGGUCUCCCCAGUUGACUGACUGACUUUCUUUCAAUAAUAUCUCAGCCUUACUUCCUUCACCUUCUCUGCAAUGUCCACCAUCUCACAUCUUCUUUUGAUCUCUUCAAUUCAUGUCUCUGAUUGGCUCCUCUUCAUGUCUUCUUAUUACAUGUUCCUACCAUCUCAGCCUUGCUUCCUUCACCUUCUCUGCAAUGUCUACCACUCCACAUUUUCUUCUGACUUCUUCACUCCAUAUUAUCCUUACAUAUCGUCUUCUGUCUCCCCAGUUGCUCUCUCUAUCUCUAUAAUGUCUGUGAUCGACUUUCUUUCAAUACUAUCUCAGCCUUGCCUGCAUCCUCUUCUUUGCAAUGUCCAUCACCUCACAUCUUCUUUUGAUCUGAUUGGCUCCCCUUUAUCUCUUCUUAAUACGUGUCCAUACCACCUCAGCCUUGCCUCCUUCAUUUUUUCCGUAAUGUCUACCACCCAACAAGUUUUCAGAUUUUUUACAUUGCAUAAUGUCUCUGACAGUCUCCCCUCCAUCUCUUAUUACGUGUUCAUACAAUCUCAGCCUUGCUUCCCUCACCUUCUCAGCAAUGUCUACCACGCCAUAUCUUCGUUUGAUCUCAUUACUCCAUCAUGUGUCUGACCAGCUCGUGACGUCGCAAUGUCUAUCCAGACGAACUUAUUGUACUAUGAUAGCUCGAUCUAUACUGACAAUGUUUCUUGCAACAAAUCAUACCUGGUAUUUUCCAAAUUGUGCGUCCAAUGUCAAGCCUUAACGGUUGAUCUGUCUGUUUGGUGCAUUUAUACCAGAUAAACUAUUUCUUAUUUUUCGAAAUCCGUCCAAAUGGAUCUGCCGAGUUUAAAUCAGACCACUGAACGUUUUCAACCUCACUUUUCAGAAUAUCUGAUAAUCAUCACAGUUGUUGGCAUGAUUGUUCAAGAGGUCAAAGAAAUGUUCAAUCACACACCGCGGAUUAGUUAUUUCUUUAAAUGGUGGAACAUUGUCACAACAAUAAUGUUAACACUGUUUGUUCUGGCUACACUGUCCUGCAUAGUAGGUUUUGCUAUUACAGGAGGGUGGUCAGUGGUGAAUUAUUCUCUGACUCGAUUUGCCGAGUCCAAAGAUGGCUAUCAACUCCUGUUGCUGGGCAACAGCUUCUUCUCAUUGGCUAUCGUCGUCAGCAUUUUUCAUUUGGUCGACAUGUGUCAGGUAAAGUCACAACAAUUUGUUUUGUUCAACUUUGCCAAAUAACUUUUUCGCAACAAUAUUUGCCAGUUUUUACUUCGGGAAAGAGACAGCUACGAAACAAUGCUUCCUGGUUUGCCCACUUUUGGGAGUCAUGGCUAGGAAACAGUAUUUCCUGGUUUUGCCAACUUUUGGGAAAUAUGAAUAGAAAACAAUGCUUCCUGCUUUGCCCAAUUUUUGUGAAUCAUGGCCAGGGAACAAUAUUUCCUGGUUUUGCCCACCUUUGAUAAGCAUGGCUAGGAAACAAUGCUUCCUGGUUUGCCCACCUUUGAGAACAUGGGUAGGAAACAAUGUUGUCUGGUUUGCUCACUUUUGGAAAAUAUGACUAGGAAAUAAUCAGCAACAACACAGUUUGCUCUGCGUCUUCGUAAAUCAAAUCUAUUUUGUUUCUUUAUAAAUUCUAGGUCAAUUCCGUCCUUGGUCCAUUGCAACUCUCGCUAUAUCGUAUGCUUCAAGACGUUUUAAAAUUCCUUCUAUUUUUUGCCGCCAUUUUUGUGGCAUUUGUGAUGGGAGUACGUAAUCUCUACUCGUACUAUAAUAGUAUCCAGGCGGAGAUUGCCGAGCACAGCAACAAGAAUAACAGUAUGAUGGCAGAGACUAACCAUCCAUUUUCCACGUAAGUUUAGGCAGAUUCUACCAAACACUUCAGAGUUUUUUUCGUGCACUAACGCCAAUGGACCAUUGAGGGAUGGCCCUUACUGUACCUCUAGGAAGAAUAGGUUAGAACUGAUAAACCUAUCCAGUAUAAACUGAUAAACUUAGUUUAUGUUUCCUCCUGUAGCAACAGUUUAGUACAGAUACAGCCUUCCAGUAUAUGUAAUUAAAAUACUCAUUAAAAAUUCAUAAACCUUGUGGCAAAUCAUGUCAGCCAUAAUAUGUCACGUGGAGUGACUUUAUAUCUGAUAAAACUCAUCAAUUGUUCUCCUAAUUAGUAUGAUUAUAUAAUUGUUCAUCCUAAUUAGUAUUCUUUUGUAGUCGUAUUUUAAGCUAUUCAAAACACUCGAACUCGCGUUUUAUCAUAUCUAAAACGCUCGGCUGCGCCUCAUCUAAAUAUGAUAAAACACUCCUUCUCGUGUUUUAAACAGCACUUAAAGUUAGUUAAUUUUGGCUUUCCUCCAGUAGUAACACAGGACUUCUAUAGGAAAAACAGUUUAAAACUGAUAGAUCUAGUUGAAAGUGAAGUUUAAAGUUAUAUUCCGUCAACAAUGUUAUUUCAUUUUUUAGAUUUUCUCAAUCAACUCAAAGCAUGUUCUGGGCUCUUUUUGACAAAAUUGACCUGGAAGAAUUUGACACAAAAGACGGAACGUUUAAAAUCACACAGGAAACUGGAAAAGUUUUAUUCGCUUUCUACUCAAUUUGUGCUAUCAUGGUCGCGCUCAAUAUGCUUAUUGCUAUGAUGAGUCAUUCUUAUGAGUAUAUUUCAGUAAGAAAAACUAACUUAAUUUAUACGGGAUAAAGUUCCAAAUUGUUCUCCCUAGAGGUCCAGUAAUGGUCACCCGUUUUAGGCCAGUGAUAUAACUACACAGGAAAAGAACUAAACUAACUUUAUUUAUAAUGGAUAACUCUAUAUCAGUUGUAAAACCAUCUUCUUAGAGAUUCGAUAAGUGUCAUAACUUAAUUAAUGCUUAAUUUUCUUGAUAGUGGACCCCUGGAGUGACCCCUCAUCGUUCUGUGGGAAAAUGAAGACACUCUUCUCGCAUUCAUGCAGUGGUGAUAUAAUCAAACACUUGCAUUUUGCAGGAAUUGGACCCAAGAGAAGCCGACGAUCUGGCUCUUUAUUGGGGCGGGGAGUUUCUUCAAUUUCCUGAAGAGCCUUGUCGCAGGCAAGGCAGGAAGACAAAAGGCAUUGGCUAACUGCAACUAUAGUUACAUUUUUUCUAUUCGUAGCAAGAUGACGAUAUUCAAUGGAAAUUCAGUCGCACUCAACUAUGGUUAGAAUUUGUUGAAAAAGGAAGCGUACUGCCAGCACCUUACAAUCUCAUACCCAAUCCACGGGAAAUUUAUGACUUUUAUAAAAAGGUGCGUCGAGUCAUGUAGUAAAUAUAACGCGUUAAGAGUAAGCCUAAGGUUUGAUGCAAGACGAAGAGACAUUGUUUCCUAGCCAUGCUUCCCAAAGAUGGGACAACCAGGAAAUACUAUUUCCUAUCCAUAUUUCCCAAAGGUGGACAAACCAGAAAACAUUGAGUCCAAGCCGUGUUUUCUGAAGAAGGGCAAACAUGGAAGCAUUUGUCAGAAACAUUUUCCAGUGGAGUAACUUAGAUCUGAAUACAUUACUUAGUCACAAUAAAUACUGCAUGCAUGGCUGUGGAAUAUCCAGACAUGCAGGUUGAAAGUUGAAAACUAAUAAAACAAUGUCUUUUUCAGCUUAAACAAAAGAGAGAUUCUUCCCAAACAGAUGGAAGGAAAAGUCACGAAGAAAAGGUAUGGUUCCUUUCUUUUUCCGAGCGCCACCUCCCUUGAUGACUAAAAUCGUCUGGCAUUAGACAGAGUGAAAUAACAAGUCAUAGUACUAGAGUGCGGUGCCCUGGAGCAUGCGCAAAACAUGCACAAGGCAUAAGCUGUAUGAUUCCGAACAAACAAACUAACAGAAGAAGAAUUUUAUUCGUAAUACAUUUGUUGGUUCGACUCCCACCGUGGCCAAGCAUAUUUUUCAAGCCUGCCCGGUGUCGAUAUACACUCAGAGUAACAUCACACAAGCAUCUUAUUCACCUGAGUACAUUACACCAACACAGCAAAACACAUACAACACAUUAUUAAGACAAAGUUAGCACAGGGUAUCUGAAGUAGCUUUAACACUAAUCGAAGUCAGAUAACCGAUAAAAGUAUUCGACCCACUGUGGAUCAACAUUAAGUGUAAGGUCAUGGUACACAGACGAACAAACGCAGGUGGCGAAUAUUAGGCUGCGUCCAGACUAAGUGCCCAUGCAGCACUGGUGUCCGUCACUUGUUUUGGCGCCUAAUUUAAACACGACGCUUCCAAAUGCAUGAAAUUGGGCACAAUGCCCAAGAAAGGGCACUACUUCUAGAGGUAGUACUCAACAACGGCACUGUGCUCAACAUGUUUUGGGAACCAGUUUAAACAUUGGGCACCAGUGCCAGGCACUCAGUCUGAACCGCCGCCUAAAGCGAAGCCUUCGAUGAUCUGGUUUCCGUCGAUGAUCUGCACCGGAAUCGCAGGGCCGUAGGUUCAAUUCCUACCAGAGGACGUUGUGCUGCAUUUUUCGCAGUCGUUCCUGGUCAGGUAUCAGGUCUUAAAGUGUAUAUAUACUCACUUGGAUUACUAACCCUAAAAACAGCAUUCUAAUAAAGCGAAGCCUAACCUCGUUUGGGCACCGCAAUCUGGCGUUAGACAGAUGUGUGUUUAACAUUUCAGAGAAAAACGAUCAUCAAUCGUCUGGUACGCCGUUACUUUCGGACUGAGGAAUCUCAAAGAAAGAAAGAAUUGGGCACUUUAAAUGACAUCGAAGAAUGUAAACAUGAAAUCGUCAAAAUUUUGAAAGAAAACCAGGCAACGAAUGUUAAACAUUGAAGAGCUAUGCUGAAUGGAUCUUCAUUCUUCAUUUCAUGAUAUUUUCGAAAAUGAAACUCCUUUUGACUUAUUGUCUACAAACUAUUUUUUAUGGAAAGAAAGUACUAAACUAUAACUUUAAACAACCAUAGGCAACUCAAAAUCGAAGGAAAAAAGGCGUUUAACCACUGGCAGUCCAGUAAAUAUUGUAUAUUCAACUCAAAAUGCAUGAAACGCUUAAAAAUGUGCAUAAAGUUCGAAGUGACGUAAAAUGACGUUAACAUCGGAAUCUGCAUAUAUAAUGAGCUCUCAGUGAACGAGCUACACAAUAAAUCGCUUGAUGGCAAAGUCGGACGAACUUUAUACGCAUUUUUAAGCGUUUAAUUAAUUGAAUAGACAUAAUUAUUUGCUGGGUGCUUAUAUGGCUUAAAAAUGCGUCGAACACUCGAACGUUCGUCCGACUUUACUAUCAAAGCGAUUUAUUGUGUAGCGUAUUAUAUGUAUGCAGAUUCAGAUGUUUGCGUCAUUGGAUUGUGAUAUAGCACUAAUUAUACAAUUAUUUUAGAAUUGAUAACACUAUCUAGUAUAAAUAAAGUACUAUUGUUUAGUUCAUAUUAUUCUGACACGAAAAAUUCUUCGUUUCGAGCGGGAUUCGAACUCGCCCAUUAAGCUAUUCAAUUUAAAUAAAUAGCCUAUUCAAUUUAAUAUGAAGUCCAUUCACCUUAGUAUAUAUCUCUAUGGUAUAUAUACAGCUAUUUCAAUUAAGGUUGUCCGCGAGCAAAGCGGAAAAGUCGAAUACGAGAGCGAAACUGAAAGGUUGCUGGGAAUCGUUAACAAAUUAAUGAAUUUUCAAAGCGAUUCCUAGCAGCCUUUCGCGCUCGUAUUCAACUUUUCCGCUUUGCUCGUGGACAACCUUAAUUGAAAUAGCUGUAUGCAUGAACUUGCGGUUAGAGCUCGACAACUGGAGUUGGUUAGAGCGCUGCAGCCAGAGAGCCUGUAUAAUAAUAUUUAAAUUUCCAACUACACAACCCUUUUUCAAACAUGGGCCAAAAAACAAACAUGGUUUAUCAAAUACAGAUACUUUGCGGACACCUGCAAAUGUAAAUUUUUACUUUUCGUGCAACAUUGAAUAAUAUUAUCAUUAAUAAUAUAUUCUUUCCCUGUAUUCGACAUUGUUGUUGCAUAAUGAUAAUCAAUUGAGUCACGCAAAACAGUUUAAUGCAAGCUGAUGCACGAUUCAACAGCAGCUCCCAACAGCGAGGUCGAGGGACGAUUAAUAAAAAUUUCAAUGGAAACCGCAACAAAUGGAGUUUUCUUAGAUCAAAAUGACGCAGACCUUUUCGCUGCUGUCAAAAAUGGCGAUACCAACUUGGUCAGAAGCAAACUUAAUGACGUUAAUAGCCCCGUGAAUAUAAACGCCAUCAAUUCUGAUGGCGAAACUGCGUUGCAGAUUGCGACCACGAUUGGCAAUUCUGAUAUAAUAUACGAACUGUUGAAAAAUGGAGCAAAUUUAUAUACUGCUCUAUCCCAAUGCGUUCUUGAAAACAACCUGGAAUGUGUCAAAGAAUUGCUCUAAAAACAGCCAGAGCACAAAAUUGCAGAACUGGAAGAACUUAUCAUUCAAGCCGCUGAAUUGGGCCACUACGACAUAGUUCAUUUUUUUCUGAUUCAGAAAGAUUGCAAGAUUAAUGAGCCGCAUGAUUUUGAAUGCAACGAAAAUUGUUGCAAACUUACAGUGCGUAAAGAGAAAACAUAUGCAGCAGAUGUACGUCGGUCAAAAAUCGCAAUAAAUCGUUUCAAGGGCCUUUCAAGCCCUGUUUAUAUGUGUGUGAGGUAAGUCCUAUUCCUUCAAAGCAGUCUUACAUGUUGGGGCAACAUUGUCCGAUAUUCUCACUUUCAUAUACAUAUAGCCUAUAUGUAUGUAUAUAUAACUGAAAGUGAAAUAGUUUCGCCCUGUAACCACAAAAGAAAUUCCUAGUAAACAACUGGUGGAUCGGUCACAAUACACGCAAAACAAAGAGAGGAAUGCGGUUAUACAGGUUGAAACUAUUUCAGAUUUUUUGUUGGGUAAAAACAAUUUAUGUUUUUUUUAUGAAAAUUUUAUUUCAGUAAAAUUUCUUUAUUUCACAGAGUUUCUUCCUCGUGAUUCAUUUUGGAUAAAACAGGCAGUGUAGUAUUAUAGCAGUGUAGUAUUAUAGCAGUGUAGUAUUAUAAUAGUGUAGUAUUAUAAUAGUGUAGUAUUAUAGUAGUAUAUAUUUCACGAAAUGCUAGUAAAAAGUGCUUGAUAUCAUAUAGAUAGAGCAGAUGUGUAGUUGUUUUUACCUCAAGCAGGCUAGUGAAAUCAUCAGGUGGCUGACAAAUUUUUCCAUAUUUUGAAAUUUGUCAGCCAUUGCACCUGAUCAUUUCUCUUAAUAUAUAUAUACAUAUAUAUUUAUAUAGAAUCAAAAUUACCAUAAUGGCGAAAAUGCCAAUAACCCUUUAUUGACCAGAGAAGCAUAUUGGAUGGCACAGCUGUGUACAAUUAGCUCUUAUGGCCUCAAUAAGAGAUCUGAACUUCGAUCAAAAAAUAGGAUCCAUUACAAGUUGUAAUAAUUAUUAUAAUUAUAACUAGCAAGCCAUAUUAUGGUAAUUUUGAUCCUACUAUUGAUCCUCAUUAAUUUAUUUACUACAUAAUAUGGUAAUUUUGAUCCUGCCAAUGCUAUAAAAGCUAGACAUUGUUAAAUUGUAAUAUAAACUGAUGAAGGCGGAACUGCCGAAACGUUUUUAACUUUUAAGCUUUUAUUUUAGUAUGUUUUAGUUUUUUUAAUAAAUUGAUGGUCGAAGUUGCAUAGUCUCUGAUUUUUAAAUUAUAAAUAUAUAUAUAUAUAUACACACACCUUAAAAGGUUGCCCCCUACAACCCAUUUAAUUAAUCCAAGAGAAAUGAUCAGGUGCAUGGCUGACAAAUUUCAAAAUAUAGAAAAAUUUGUCAGCCACCUGAUGAUUUCACUAGCCUGCUUGAGGUAAAAACAACUACACAUCUGCUCUAUCUAUAUGAAAUCAAGCACUUUUUACUAGCAUUUCGUGAAAUAUAUACUACUACAAUACUACACUACUACAAUACUACACUACUAUAAUACUACACUGCUAUAAUACUACACUGCUAUAAUACUACACUGCUAUAAUACUACACUGCCUGUUUUAUCCAAAAUGAAUCACGAGGAAGAAACUCUGUGAAAUAAAGAAAUUUUACUGAAAUAAAAUUUUCAUAAAAAAACAUAAAUUGUUUUUACCCAACAAAAAAUCUGAAAUAGUUUCAACCUGUAUAACCGCAUUCCUCUCUUUGUUUUGCGUGUAUUGUGACCGAUCCACCAGUUGUUUACUAGGAAUUUCUUUUGUGGUUACAGGGCGAAACUAUUUCAGUUUCAGUUAUAUAUACAUACAUAUAUAUGUAUAUGAAAGUGAGAAUAUCGGACAAUGUUACCCCAACAUGUAAGACUGCUUUGAAGGAAUAGGACUUAACGUUUUAUAUUUCUCAUCGUCUAAUGUAAGGAUGGGUAGGAUGAUAUAAGGAUGCUUUUGUAGUAGAACUGAAACGCAUACUCGAUGAGUAGUCACUAGAGUAAGUGCAUGGGCUGUGCUAAUCAUCCUUACUUGCAGCUGAGAGCUAAGCUGAAUUGCGAAGGACGCAGCUCAAACCUGCAUGAUCGAGUCGAAGUCUUACUAUAAGGGCGCCUCAGGCAGCCACCUUAUAUAACUCAUGUCUGAUCCCGGAGCACAACUACGGUGGAAUGGUCAGUUAGGGGGUUAUUCCCAACCCACCCUGUCAACAUUCCCUGUGGGAGGAAACCGGAGUACCCAGAGAAAACCCGGUAGAGCGUUGACUAACUCUUUUCCAGUGCUGUAGAAGUUACUCAUUUUUUGGAACUAGGUACAGUUACAGUUACAUUCCCCAAAAAAGAACUAGUUACUGGUAAAAGUUACACUUAAAAAAAUGUAACUAGUUGCCGUUACAAAAUUACUUCAAUAUUUUUGUAACUAGUUACAAGUUUCUUAGAAAUUUUUGUAACUUUAUCAAGCAAGAAAAAACCCAGUUUUUUUCAACUUAAUAAUUAGUGAUUUAAUAUUUGUAAACGUUAUGUAACCUUACCACUAAUGGAUCGCUCAGCUGUGUUAAGCACUGAAGCAUGCGUUGUCGUAGAAAACCGUGAGGAGAAUUUCGAGAACUGAGAGGUGAAUUGUAAGUUUUAACCGCAAGAAUGUAACGAAAAAAGUAAUGUAAACGUUGGCUAUAAAAGUAACGCGUUAUCGUUUCAUUUUAGGCCAAAAUGUAACUCGUUACAGUUACAGUUACCUUAUUUUUAAAGGUAACUAGUUACCGUUACAGUUACUCAAAAAGUAACGAUUACUUGUAAUUUCGUUACUUGUAACGAAGGUAUUUACAGCACUGCUCUUUUCACAUAAGUGUCAUUAGUCCAAUGUGAGGAUCGACCCACGAUCUCAGAGGUGAAAGGCCCUUGUUCCGACGAUUUACCACAUGUAGAAAGCCAAAGAUGCGAGUUUUUCUCUAUUUUCUGCCUCUGAACUUCCAAAGAGUUAUUAUGAAAUAGCCAUAGUCUUGUAAACGUGAAGUGUAUUUCAAAAUCACUGCAUUGUGCUUAAUUUUAAAGGUAUUUAGUCUCAGAUGAAGAUCCAUUGACUCAGGCUUUUAAUUUGAACACAAAAGUACGAAAACGAGCCAACGACGAACCAGCAUUAAAGAAAGAAUAUCUCAAACUCUCUGAGAGAUGCAAGACCUUCGCGACAGAUUUAUACAACGGUUGUCGAGACAACACAGAAAUCACUGCGCUUUUGGGCAUCGAUGAAAAACAGCUUAACCCCGACUGUCACCAGAAAUUGCAUAAAGAAAUUAAAGCAUACGUGGUUGGGAAAUUGAGGGACGCGAUCGACAGCACACAUAUAGAGGUGUGUGUGUGUGUAAUUUAUUAAAAGGUAUAGCGGGUCCAAAAAUGGAAGUCCAAAAGGUGAAGCCAAAGGUGGCGGAAAUUGACCCUUUAUAUUGCCGCUGUUUUCUGGUUUGCCCACCUAUGGGAAAAAUGACUAGGAAACAAUGUUUCCUGGUUUGCCCACCUUUGGAAAACAUGGCUAGUAAAUUCCUGGUUUAGGCUACCCUUCUCUAAGAAAUAUGUCUAGGAAACAUGUUUCCUGGUUUGCCCACCUUUGGAAAACACAUGGCUAGUAAAUUCCUGGUCUAGGCUACCCUUCUCUGAGAAAUAUGUCUAGGAAACACGUUUCCUGGUUUUCCCAUCUUUGGAAAACAUGGCUAGGAAACAAUGCACGUUUUCUGGUUUGCUCAUCUUUGGAAAACAUGGCUAGGAAACAAUAUAUUUCCUGCCUUGCUCAUCGUCGGAAAACAUCGGAAUGCAUGUUCCCUUUGGCAAUAUCCAAUUUUCGUAUUUAUAGUUUGAUAUUUUUUAUCGUGCUGGCAGACAAACAUAUAUAUACACUCACACAUAACCUCCUUGCGGAGGUAGUAAUGCUUCAGCAACAAUAUUCCUUACUUGUCUCAGAGCUGAACUAUUUUUUCUUUAGUUUGUAGCACAUCCACACAACCAACAACUCCUAAACGUGGCAGUCUACUCUGGCGUGUCCAAGGACAUCUACGGAAUGCGCCUCGUUUUCAAAAUACCCCUAUUUCUCCUCUACACCGUCAUAUUCCCUCUCCUGGCGUUACUGUAUAUCGUGAAUAAGGAGAAUAGGGUAUCAAAAAUGAUGAAAAAUCCCUAUUUCAAGUUCAUCAGUCAUAUUUCGCAGUUUGUUGUAUUUCUGUGCUUGAUUGCUGCCUCAGCGCUCAGAGACACUCAUGCUCCGACAAUUUUAGGUAAGAACAUUGCCCGGCGACUGCGUCAUCCCUCGUCGCUUCAGUUGGGAAUAGAGAUCAGACUGUGUGUGAAUAGAGACUGUGGAAGAGUCAGGCCCGGCGAUUCACCCACUAUUCUUCAGGAGCAUUUUUUUAGUUCUUUCAAAACUGAGAAGAAACUGGGAAAAAACUGGGAUAAAAAAAAUAAAAUAAACUUAUAAUGAAUUAAUAUUCAUUCAUGCAUUUCGUUUGUUAUUUGUCUGAUAGUUUUUGGUAUAAUGAUUAAUUUAUUGAUUGAUAGGUUCACUCAUCCACAGACCGACUCAUUGAGACAUUGAUUAAUCUGUGGCGCAGGUUACUACAAUUAGAAUAAUAUACCAAAAAAAUUAAAAUAUAUUAAAAAAUAUAUAUAUAUCAUAAAAGAUUAUCAUAAAACGUGUCUAAAAUGCACGAAAUAGCGUUGUGCAGAUCCUAAAAUAGAAAAAAAUCAUCCCUUAUUUUCCCAAGCAAAAUCAAUUCUUAUUUUCUCAAGUUCGUCCAAACGGAUAUUCCGUCUAUAGUUUAACUCGGACCACUGAACGUUUUCCUGACUUCAUUUUUCAGAAUAUCUGAUAUUCAUCACCGUUGUUGGCAUGAUUCUUCAAGAGGGCAUCGAAAUGUUUCAUCAUGAACCACCUAUUAGUUAUUUCUUCAAAUGGUGGAAUAUUAUCACAGCAAUAAUGUUAACACUGUUUGUUCUGGCUGCGCUGUCUUGGAUAGUAGGCUUUGCUGUUACAGGGGGAUGGUCGGUAGUGGAUUAUUCACCCGUCCAAUUCGACAAGAACAAAGAUGGCUAUCAACUUUUGUUGCUAGGGAACAGUUUCUUCUCAUUGGCCAUCGUUGCCAGUAUUUUUUAUUUGUUCGACUUAUGUCAGGUAAAGUCACGACAAUAUUUUCCCGUUUGCUCAAUUUUGCAAGACACUGUUUGCUGGUUCGCCCACCUUCGGGAAACAUGGCUAGGAAACAUGGCUAGGAAACAUGGCUAGGAAACAAUCUUUUCUGGUUUGUCUACCUUGGGGGAAACAUGGCUAGGAAACAAUGUUUCCUGAUUUGUCCACCUUCAAGAAAUAUUGCUAGGAAACAAUGUUUCCUGGUUUGCCCACCUUCAGAAACCAUGGCUAGGAAACGAUGUUUCUGGUUUGCCCACCUUCCGGAACAUGGCAAGAACAUUUUUUUUCUGGUUUGUCCACCUUCAAGAAACAUGACUAAGAAACGAUGUUUCCUGGUUUGUCCACCUUCAAGAAACAUGGCUAGAAAACAAUGUUUCCUAGCUUGCCCACUUUCAGAAACCAUGACUGGGCAGAAUGUUUCCUGGUUAAAACUGCCAUGACUAGAAAUAGUGUUUCCUAGUUUAUCCACCUUCCGGAAACAUGGCUAGACAAUAUUUGCACAAACAAAUGAAACAAUGCUUCCUCCCACCUCGGUAAAUCGAACUUAAUUUGUUUCUUUAUCAAAUUUUAGGUCAAUCCCGUUCUUGGUCCAUUACAGCUAUCACUAUUUCGUAUGCUUCAAGAUGUUUUAAAAUUCCUUCUAUUUUUUUGCGCCAUUUUUGUGGCAUUUGUCAUGGGAGUACGUAAUCUCUACUCAUACUAUCACAGCAUCCAGGCAGAGAUUGCCGAGCACAGCAAUAAGACUGAAAAUAUGAUGGCAGAAACAAAUCAUCCAUUUUCCACGUAAGUCGAGGCGAUAAUACAUCUAAACAACACGAAACUAACUUUAUACUAAAUAGCUGUAUCAGUUCUAAACUGUUCUGCCUAUAUAAAGACGCAUCAAUUAUCCGGAAACCUAACAUAAGCUAACUUUAUUUAUAGUGGAUAGUUCUAUCAGUUCUAAACUGUUCUCCAUGGAGAUGCAGUUAGUUAGUUAGGUUCAGUGUUAGGUAGUUUCAGGACGAACGAAUUAUGAAUGUUCACAUGAACUGGACCUCUAGGGAUUACAGUUUAGAACUGAUACAGCUGCCUUGUGUGAAUGAGGUUGAGUUUUGGCGGUUUCUCCUGUUUAUAAGAAGAAACUGAUUAUAUCCCCUUUUAUUUAAUUGUGGAAUCUAACACAUAGUCGAACAUUUUAGAUUUUCUCAAUCAACCCAAAGCAUGUUCUGGGCUCUCUUUGACAAAACUGACCUGGAAGAGUUUGAGACAAAAGAUGGAACGUUUGAAAUCACACAGGAGACUGCAAAAAUUUUAUUUGGAGUGUACUCAAUUUGUGCUAUCGUGGUCGCGCUUAAUAUGCUUAUUGCAAUGAUGGGUCAUUCCUACGACGAUAUAUCGGUAAGAAAACUAACUUUAAUUAAAUUGGAUAAAGUUCUAAACUGUUCUCCCCAGGGGUCCAUGAAGACAUACCCUUUGGAUGUCCUAGGUUACAACAGGAAAAAACAUAACUAAUUUUAUUUAUACUGCAUGGAUAACUUCAUCAAUUAUAAAAUAUAAAUUCGUCUUCUUGGGAGUUCAGGAUAUAUUUGUACAGGUCCAGUUAUAGGGGGUCAUCCAUCUAUGAAACAUUCCAUCAGACAGUUGCAUGCAGGAAUGGAAGCCUGAGAGGAGAGAUAGAAGGCAUUCACUGACCACUGCGAGCCCCCCCUCCCACACGAACAACAGCAACUGGAGUUGCAUUUUCUCUAUUUUUAGCAAGAUGACGAUAUUCAAUGGAAAUUUAGUCGCACUCAACUAUGGUUAGAAUUUAUUGAAAGAAGAAGCACACUGCCAGCACCUUACAAUAUUCUGGCAAUUCCACGAUUUUGUUAUGAGAAGGUGUGUUGAGUCAUGUAGUAAAUACAUCUCGUUAAGAAUAAGCCUAUAAAUAUUUUAUAAGAUACUUCAUAAGCUUAAGGCUUUCAAAGAUUGACAAACCGGAAAACACUUUUUUUUUCAAGUCAUGUUUCUCAAAGGCGGGAAAACCAGGAUAGAAUCAGAAAUAUUUGCACACAUGCAGAGUAAAUUAUUUUGAUCUGAGUAUAUUUACUUAGUAGACAUGCAGGUUGAAGGUUGCAAACUAAGAAGCCGUACUUGUUUUUCAGCUUACAGAAAAUAGCGUGACAAAUGGAACAGAUGAAGAGAAUGGCCAGGCGGUACUGUUCCUUUCUUUUUCUUUUCAAAACUCCCGAAACUUUGUGAAUAUGUCAGAUGAUCAUUAUUUAGAAGCACUAAUCGAGUAUUAUAUUUAAUAUUAUAUUUUAUAAGAUACUUCAUAACCUAAGGGCCAUUAGCAGACUAACAAACAAUGUUGUAAGCACAUUUUUCCAUCGGUAUGCUUGUUAAAGGUAGCUACACCAUGAAACAUUGUUUCCUAUAGCUGUGUUUCUCAAAGGUGAACAAACCAGGAAACAUUGUUUUCUAGCCAUGUUUCUCAAAGGUUGCUACACCAGAAAACAUUGUUUCCUAGGCAUGUUUCCCAAAGGUGGGCAAAGCAAUAAACAUUCAAUUCUUUCGUAACCAUGUUUCUCAAAGGUGGCUAUACACCAGGAAACAUUAUUUACAAGCCAUGUUUCUUAAAGUUUUACAAACCAGAAACAUUGUUUCGUAUGGCUGUGUUUCUCAAAGGUGGCCAACAAGGAAACACUUUUAUAAAAUAACAUGUACAUAACGCGUAUUCUGAUUGGUCGAAAGCCGUGUUUGGAUCAGGCCAUCCAAACACGGAAGACUAUCGUGUUGUUGUUAUUUUAUAAAACAAUUACUUUAUGGUUUCCGUGUUUGGAUGGAAUGAUCCAACCACUUGGGAAUGUUGCUCGAGUUAAGAAAAGCGGGCAAAAUCACUCGCCUUCGGCUCGUGAUUUCGCUCGCUUUUCUUAACCCUCGCAACAUUCCCGCGUGUUUGGAUCAGGCCAUCCAAACACGGAAACCAUAAAGUAAUUGUAUAUUUCCUACAGCAUGUUUCUGAAAGGUGAACAGACCGGGAAACGUUGUUUCUUCUGAAAAUGGACAAGCCAGGAAAAAUGUGUCAGAAAUAUUUGAAAUUAUUAAUUGACAUUCCCUAAAAUGGACUUUUCAAUUUGCCCGUAGAGUAAAUUAGAUCUCAGCCAAUUAUUUACUAAGAAAACAAUGUUUUUUUAGCCUGCAGAUGAACAGAAAGUUGAGGUAUUAUUUUCUUUUUUCUUUUCGAAACAUUUUGAACCAUUGUGAAUAUGUUUGGUAAGCAUGUAGAAGCACUGAAAGAACGAAGCAACACAACAGAAUGCCGAGGGGAUGCACCUCUCCGCACCCCACCGUUACUGCUAAGGAGAACAGUUCAGGAUCGACAAAGCUAUCCAUUAUAAAGUUAGUUUAGUUUAGCAACCUUUCAGUGUCGCCAAUUAAAUACAAAAAAAUCCUUUGAGAAAGUCAUUUAAAUAUGCGUAUACAUUUUAAAUUUUAGCGAAGAAUAGUAAUCAAACGUCUGGUACGUCGGUAUCUCCGUUCUCAAGAAUCUCAAGGAAAGAAAGAAUUGGGAACUUUGAAAGGCAAUGAAGAAAAACAACAUGAAAAUCUUGAAAGCAACCCAGGCAGCAAAAAUUCACAUUAUUUUGAGGAGAGUUUCAAAAUAUGAAAUCUUAAUCGUAACUUUACAGGUUGUUACAAAGCAGGAUAGCAAUACUUUUAAACAAAUUUUCUAAAUUCUGUCCACAACUUUUUGUAGAAUUGAUUAUUAAAGAAAUUUUCAACAAUUGUACUACAAUUAGCGAUCACUCAUCAGCCUUUCUGACACUAGACACUAGCAGUGCCAUGCAGUCGACCUCCUACUGGUAACACAAUGAUUAAAGCGUAUAUGAUACGUUCCAAAUACAUUUCAUUAAAAUUUUUGCAUGAUCUUGUGAUUUUAUUGAUCCUGAUAACUCUAGCUUCAAAAUUUUCUUUUUCUCUCUUUGCUAUAUAGUUUAUUUCCUACAUUUUGGGCUAGUACCAAUAUUGAUUACUAUAGAAAAAACUGUCUAGAUCGUGACCCUUAUACAUACCCCAUUGCUUGUUUUGUAGACUGUUUUUUAAUCGCGCAUGUAAAAUAAUAGUAUUUGUAUCACAAAACGAAAAAUAAUUUAUUAACAGACAUUCAACCCAUAAUUUAUUAACAGACCCAGGCAGCGACCGCUAAAUUUCGAAAAGUCACGCUAAAUGUAGAAAUUAAGAUCUUUCAAAAAACUUCUGGCGGCUGUGGUCAUAAUUACCGAUACAAGAAGCAAUGAUUAUCUCUAUAAUAUUUCUUUGCCAGUUACAAUAUUUCACACAACAAUUAAACACUAAUCAGUCCUCUGGAGUUCUGGUAAACCUUCAGGAAUUCACUGUCGUAAGGAACUUUAGUUACUGAUUUACUUGCAUCAGAAUAAUAUUACUAUCAAAUCCGCCAGCGACAAAUAAUCGUAAACACACAGUGUUGCUAUGUUACAGUCCUUCACUACCAAUCACUGUCAGAGUCAUCUGCUACCUCUACUGAGGUAUCCAAUGAGUGGUUGCUAGCAGAUAAAAUUUGAAUGGUGUUUUUAAGGAGGCUAAAUUGUUCAAACAUCUGGACCAUAAGUGCCUUUAUUUCGUCCACAUCUUCCUUGGACGAGAGACCGUCCAUUUUCUCUUCCAUUGUAUCUUUCAUUCCUUUCAUUUUCUUUUCCAUUCCUUCGACUUUCUCUUCCAUUCCUUCCAUUUUCACUUCCAUUCCGUACAUUUGUUCUUCCAUUCCAUCCAUUUUCUCUUCCAUUUUGUCAUUCAUUCCCUCCAUUUUCUCUUCCAUCCCUUCCAUUUUGUCAUUCAGUCCUUCCAUUUUCUCUUCCAUUCCACCCAUUUUCUGAUUCAUUCUUACUAUUUUCCUAUUUAUUUCAUCCAUUUUCUCUUCCAUUCCUUCCAUUGUCUGAUUCAUUCCUACUAUUUUCCUAUUUAUUCCAUCCAUUUUCUCUUCCAUUCCUUCCAUUUUCUUUUCGACAGCUUUCUCAAAACGACAAUCUUCGUAGCCAUACUUCUCUUCCGUCGGGCAACAAGCCAUUCUCGAAAGGACACAAAUCUAAAGUAAGCCGUGUGUUUAUAUAUUUUUCUUCCAAUGUCCCGAAUCCAAGUACUAUUUAAAACACGAGAAGGAGUGUUUUAUCAUAUUUAAAACGCGAGGCGCAGCCCGGCGAGCGUUUUAGAUAUGCCUAAAACACGAGUUGGAGUGUUUUGAAUAGCUUAAAAUACGACUACAAAAGAAUACUAAUUAGGAUGAACAAUUAUAUAAUCAUACCAAUUAGGAUGAAGAAUUAUAUAAAUAAUACUAAUGAAGAUGAGUUUUAUCAGAUAUAAAGUCACUUCACGUGACAUAUUAUGGCUGACAUGAUUUGCCACAAGGUUUAUGAAUUUUUAAUGAGUAUUUUAAUGUUUUUUAACACCGGCUUUACUCCUGAAAUCACUCGCUGUAAGUUAUCAAACAAAGCCUUCGUGUCUUGCUGAGUUAGUUUCGUUUUGUGAUUCAGGUGUUCAGUUACAUAUGAACACACGGUUGCACAACAGUCACCAAAACAAGCAAUGAGGCAUGAGCAACGUCGCGACCUCUUUCAACGGUAUAAUGCGGAAUUUGCAGUUUAGCGGACAUUUUCGUUUCAUCCUCGUCCCCAGGGCCUCUCGGCCGCGUGCGUCCUCCCUAGGCCCUGGGACACACGGAACCAGAAGUGCAAGAAAACUUGCAGUAGUUUCUAAAGCACAUGCUCUUGAAUUGGGACACUUUAGCACCCGUAAGAAUUUUCACAGUGAAGUAUUAAGAAGAAACGAAGUAUUUGUGUUGACAUAAGUUGAUAGAAUAAUUUUGCCCAGCGAAAACUGCUCAACUUCUGCGAAAUAGCAGUUCUCUGAGAAGCCAAUCAGAUCUCUUCCUUUAGUCGUCUAUCCCAGAGCCUAAGUGAAAAUGCCUCUGGGGACGAGAAUGAUUGCGUUUAUGAGUUGAAAUAAUAAACACCAAUGAGCACUGAUUCUAAACAUGCACGCAUGUACGAGUGAGUUUUUCAAGGAGCAUCAAAAUAGCACGAGGCCGAACGACGAGUGCUAUUUAAGGUCUUUGAAAAACACAAGAGUGCAUGUUUUAUCCAAAUUUCACUAGAAACCAUCCUGUUAUGUAUUACUGUAAAACUAUACAUGAAAAUGGUCGUAGUUUGAACUCACGUUUAUCGUGAACCGCGCGUCCGCAGGAAGUUUUCCUGCUUUGUUAUAUCACAUUAUACGACGCUAACGGCAUGAAAAGUUCACUCAAAUAUACAAGUUUUGCUAGACUUGUUUAAGGUAAACUCUUUUCCAUUUCAAAAAAAUAUAUGCCAUAUUUUCCACCACCCAGAGCAUGCCUGCUCGCAGGUUAGGAGAUUGGCUCCAGCAAAGACUCAGAUGCAGACACUGGUCUCCGUUCUCAAGAAUCUCAAGGAAAGAAAGAAUUGGGAACUUUGAAAGGCAACGAAGGAAAACAACAUGAAAAUCUUGAAAGCAACCCAGGCAGCCAAAAUUCACGUUAUUUUGGGGAAAGUUUCAAAAUAUAUUAAAAUAGAUUUUGUAGAACUGCAAUCCUGGAAAAAAAUUGAUAGACUUUUUGAAUUAUUAAACUUCCCCCCUCCCCCCCUACAACGUUGAUAUUUGGUUGAUAUGUUCUGCAAAUCCACUUUACCUGAUGGGGGCAUUGAACUCCCUCAACUCAAAAUGCCUCGGUGUUAGUCGAUCUCCUACUGCUAACGCAAUGGUUAAAUUAAGCGUGCGGUAAGAUAUGUUCCAAAUACAUCUGUGAUAUAACUGACUAAUGCCUGUAUUCUUAAAGCUCACUCACACUCAAAGAGUGGAAGUUCAAUCUGAGUGAACGAAGUCUAUAUUACAGUCAAAUUAUUUUAACCACAAUUAGUUACAUUUUUCUUCCACUCGGCGAAAACGUGGAGGCAUGCAUUAAUUAGUGUAUAUUUUUAACAUUUUAGCGAAGAACAAUAAUUAAACGUUUGGUACGUACGUCGGUAUCUCCGCUAUCAAGAACCUCAAAGAAAGAAAGAAUUGGAAACUUCGAAAAGCAUCGAAGACAACAUGAAAAUUUUGAAAGAAAUCCAGGCAGCGACCGCUAAAUUUCGAAAAGUCACGCUAAAUGUAGAAAUUAAGCUCUUUCAAAAAAUCUUCUGGCGGCUGUGGUCAUAAUGUAAAUACAAGAAGCAAUGAUUAUCUCUAUACUAUUUCUUUGCCAGUUACGGUAUUUCACACAUCUGUUUACAUAUAUAAGGUGCGGUAAGACAAAGUUUAAACACUAAUCAGUCUUCUGGUAAACCAUGGAGCGGAGGAAGUCACUGUCGUAAGGAACUUUGGUUACUGAUUUACUUGCAUUAGAAGAACUUCGUUCCAAAGUUUACUACCUAAAUAAUAUCACUAUCAAAUCCGCCAGCGACAAAUAAUCGUAAACACAUAGUGUUGCUCAUAUAUGUUACAGUCCUUCACUACCAAUCACUGUCAGAGUCAUCUGCUACCUCUAGCUCUACUGAGGUAUCCGAUGCGUGGUUGCUAGCAGAUGAAAUUUCAAUGGUGUUUUUAAGGAGGCUAAAUUCUUCAAACAUCUGGACCAUAAGUGCCUUUAUUUUGUCCACAUCUUCCUUGGAUGCGAGACCGUCCAUUUUCUCUUCCAUUGUUUCUUUCAUUCCUUGUAUUUUCCAAUUUAUUCCUUUCAUUUUCUUUUCCAUUCCUUCCACUUUCUCUUCCAUUCCUUCCACUUUCUCUUCCAUUCCAUCAAUUUUCUCUUCUACGCCCUCCAUUUUCUCAUUCAUUCCUUCCACUUUCUUUUUCAUUCCUUGUAUUUUCUUAUUCAUUCCUUCCAUUUUCUCUUCCAUUCCUUCCAUUUGUUCUCCCAUUCCAUCCAUUUUCUGAUUCAUUCCAUCCAUUUUCUCUUCCAUUCCUUCCAUUUUCUUUUUCAUUCCUACUAUUUUCCUAUUCAUUCCAUCCAUUUUCUCUUCCAUUCCAACCAUUUUCCAUUCCAUUCCAUCAAUUUUCUCUUCUACGCCCUCCAUUUUCUCAUUCAUUCCUUCCACUUUCUUUUUCAUUCCUUGUAUUUUCUUAUUCAUUCCUUCCAUUUUCUCUUCCAUUCCUUCCAUUUGUUCUCCCAUUCCAUCCAUUUUCUGAUUCAUUCCAUCCAUUUUCUCUUCCAUUCCUUCCAUUUUCUUUUUCAUUCCUACUAUUUUCCUAUUCAUUCCAUCCAUUUUCUCUUCCAUUCCAACCAUUUUCCAUUCCAUUCCAUCAAUUUUCUCUUCUACGCCCUCCAUUUUCUCAUUCAUUCCUUCCACUUUCUUUUUCAUUCCUUGUAUUUUCUUAUUCAUUCCUUCCAUUUUCUCUUCCAUUCCUUCCAUUUGUUCUCCCAUUCCAUCCAUUUUCUGAUUCAUUCCAUCCAUUUUCUCUUCCAUUCCUUCCAUUUUCUUUUUCAUUCCUACUAUUUUCCUAUUCAUUCCAUCCAUUUUCUCUUCCAUUCCAACCAUUUUCCAUUCCAUUCCAUCAAUUUUCUCUUCUACGCCCUCCAUUUUCUCAUUCAUUCCUUCCACUUUCUUUUUCAUUCCUUGUAUUUUCUUAUUCAUUCCUUCCAUUUUCUCUUCCAUUCCUUCCAUUUGUUCUCCCAUUCCAUCCAUUUUCUGAUUCAUUCCAUCCAUUUUCUCUUCCAUUCCUUCCAUUUUCUUUUUCAUUCCUACUAUUUUCCUAUUCAUUCCAUCCAUUUUCUCUUCCAUUCCAACCAUUUUCCAUUCCAUUCUUUCUUCCAUUCCUUCAACUUUCUCUUCCACUCCGUCAAUUUUCUCUUCUACUCCCUCCAUUUUCUCAUUCAUUCCUUCCACUUUCUUUUUUAUCCCUUGUAUUUUCUUAUUCAUUCCUUCCAUUUUCUCUUCCAUUUGUUCUCCAAUUCCAUCCAUUUUCUCUUCCAUUCCAUCCAUUUUCUGAUUCAUUCCAUCCAUUUUCUCUUCCAUUUUCUCUUCCAUUCCAACCAUUUUCCAUUCCAUUUUUUCUUCCAUUCCUUCCAUUUUCUCAUUCAUUCCUUCGAUAUCUUGCUCGAUCUUCACACAGUUAUGACACUUGGAUUUUCUGUACUCGCAAACUGUGCUCUCGUGAUGAAUAAUCUCUCGUUUAUCAACCAUCAUUCCACAUUCGUCGUUCGAGCACUUCACCGGCGCAAAACCGCAAUUCUCGACGUGAGAAUUCAACUCUUCAAGACGAAUGUACUCUUGGCAACCUCGGUUAGAAUAAUCGCACUUUAUCUUAAGCUCAGAUAAAUAAUUGCUCACCAGACGCGCUUUACGAAGCGUUUUGACAGUCAAGUCCUCGUUACAUUCUGGGCAAGUAUGCGAGUUCACAGUCAAGUGUUCAGUGAUACAGCCACGACAAAAUAUGUGUUCAUUAUUUCUACACAUCAUUGGUUCCUUCAAAACAUUGUAGCAGAUAGAACAAUGAAAGUGGGCAUCAACAGCUUUCUCAAAACGACUAUCUUCGUAGCCAUAGUUCUCUUCCAUCGGGCAACAAGCCAUUAUCGAGAGGACUGACACAAAAUCUAAAGUAAGCCGUGUGUUUAUAUAUUUUUCUUCCAGUGUCCCGAAUUCAAUGUUUUUAACACCGACUUUACUCCUGAAAUCACUCGCUGUAAGUUAUCAAACAACUUCUUCGUGUCUUGCUGAGUCUUGUUUUGUGAUUCAGGUAUUUUACAUAUGAAUAUACGGUUGCACAACAGUCACCAAAACAAGCAAUGAGGCAUGAGCAAGGUCGCGACCUCCAUAAACGAUAUAAUGCGGAAUUUGCAGUUUAGCGGACAUUUUCGGAACUUUUUAUACAACCUGUUGUAAUACCUAGGUCUUAUUUAUUGGAGUUUCCGAUAGCGUUUAUGAGUUGAAAUAAUAACCAGCGAGUCACCAAUGAGCACUGAUUUAUAAACAUACACGAGUGAGUUUUUCAAGGAGCAUGAUCAAAAUAGCACGAGUCCGAAUGACGAGUGCUAUUUGAGGUCUUUGAAAAACUCAUGAGUGCAUGUUCUAUCCAAAUUUCACUAGAAACCAUCCUGUUAUGUAUCAACUAUACAUGAAAACGGUCGUAGUUUUAACUCACGUUUAUAGUGAACCACUUUACCUGAGGGGGUGAGCAUUGCAAAUUCCCUCAACUCAAAACACCUCGGUGUUAGUCGAUCUCCUACUGCUAACGCGAAUGGUUAAAUUAAGCGUGUAAGAUAAAUACAUCUGUGAUAUAAUUGAUGCCGGUAUAAUUAUUUUAUUUUUUGGUCUUGUAAUUUUAGUGAUCAUAACUCUGGCCUCAAAGCUUCUACAAUCCUGGGAAAAACUAGUGAAACAUGCAGUAUAAUUAACAAUUUUAAUCUUCCCCCUUACAAUGCUGGUUAAGAUGAGUAAAAAACAUAGACGGAUUUUCACAUUUUUUACUGGGGUGGUGCCAGAAAUUUUAGGGGGGUGAGCCGCGAGCAGGUGACUGAAGCAACACCAGGGCCUUUUUUAAGGAUUUUCCCGUGGGGGAGGGGGGCAUUUUUUGAAAAGGGACCUUUCCGUGAGAUAAUAUAUUAGAGGGGGAUGGCAAUGGCUGAAGGCCACGUGUGUGGCCAAUAUACCACGCAUGAAUGGGGGGGGGGGGUCUGGGGUACUCCCCCAGAAAAUUUUUGAAAUUUGAAUUCUGGAAAUGUCAUUUCCUGCAUUCUGAGCAUCCAAAUUUGGUCCAAAAUUUAUGCUAACUAUACUUGUAUUUGAAAUAAAUAAAGAAAAAAACGCACAAAAAGUAAAAAAAAAUAACCAUCAUUUAUCAUUACUUAUUAGAGGAGGAUAACAAUGGUCAGGUGUGUGGGGGUGUAUUCCCCCAGAACAUUUUUGAAAUUUGAAGCAUGGAAAUGCCAUUUCCUGCAUUCUGAGCAUCCAAAUUUGCUCUAAAAUUUAUGCUAACUAUACUUGUAUUUGAAGUAAAAGAUGGAAAAAAUGCGCAAAAAGUAAAAAAGAAUAUCAACUGUAAUUUAUCGGCUUAUUAGAGGGAUAAUCCCCAGAAAAUUUUUGAAAUUUGAAACCCGGAAAUGCUAUUUCCUGCAUUCUGAGCAUCCAAAAAAUAAAAAAAUUUAUUAACAAUAAUUUAGAAAAAAGUAACAAUUUAAAUCGAUUUUGUUAAACAAGGACAAGGGAUGAAGCCUAAAACUUACUUUCCGUUUAUGUAUUUGUUAAUCUUCGCUGGUUUGUUUGUAUAAUUUUAGGGAAAAGGGACUUUUCCUGGGGGGGCGGCAAAAUGUGAUUUUGUGGGGGGGGGGGCACAAGGGGGGACUCAUUUGCCCCCCCCCCUCCCAGCUUGUGUGUUAAAAAAGGCCCUGAGCAACACAAAGUGUCGCCAAACCCCAGUAAGGUCUAUAUUCUAGGGGUGGAGCACUAGAGCCGCGAGUGGGAGUCAAGAGAGCUGAAAACAAAGUAUCCCUGGAAAAAUUUGAAAAAAAUCAUGAUUUCUAGCUUCGAAAAAACGUUUUUUGAAGUUGUCAUAUCAAUGGAUUUAGCCUGUCCGAUUGUCUGUUGAGACUUGAGAGAGUUAAAGUUAAAUGAAGCUGUAAAAGUGUAAACCCAAUAGGCCAAUACACAAUAUGCUUUUACUUUUAUAAAAUCAUUGACAUUGUGUCGUUUGAAUCCGAGUACAAUUUAUGAUGCAACUCCGAUGUAAAUAAUAUUUGGGACGUAAAGAUUAAAUCUAGGCAAGACUAUUUCCUAAAAGAAUUAAAACUAAGAAUAAUGUUCGUAAAAUUUCCAAACGUUCUUUGCAAGCAAGCUAUUUGCAUGACAAGGCACUGCCAACUCUAUUCAGGGGAGAUAAUAGAGUUUCAAAACUUUACAAUUGGUCCAAUAAACCAGUGAAUGCAAGCGAGGAGCAAUUAGUUUCAGAGUAUUGCGUCUUUUUCUAUUUCAGUGUACUCCUACGUUUAUUUUGUAUUAUCAACACUCUGCACGUUGGAGUGGACUAUUUAAUUAUUUUUUAUUAUGCCGAAUAUUGGGGGGUUGAAAAUUUUUUUGGAGGGGUGGACAUUUUGUUUGGGGGGGUUAUAGCUAAUAUUGGGGGGGGUAGCACCCCCCUGCACCCCCCACAAAAUCCGUCUAUGGUAAAAAACCUACACAUAGUCGGCUCUCUGCCAUCGAUGAACUAUUGAACACAAUGUUUUUAGACUCUACAGCCAACAUUGUUCAGGAAGGAGGGGAUUUUGUCUAUUUUAUUGAUUGAAUACAAUGUCCAAAUACAUUUCAUUUAAAUUUUUGCAUGAUCUUGUCAUUUUAUUGAUCCAUAACUCUAGCUUCAAAAUUUCUAUUUCUCAUUUUGCUAUAUAUUUUAUUUCCUAAAUUUUGGGCUGGUUUCAAUAUUGAUUACUAUAGAAAUUAGAAAAGACUGUCUAGGACGUGACCCUUAUACAUGCGCCCCAUUGCUUGUUUUGUAGCCUGUUUUUCAAUCGCGCAUGUAAAAUAAUAGUAUUAAAUAAAUUUGCAUCACAAAACGAAAAAUAAUUUAUUAACAGACAUUCAAGACAUGAAGGCGUUGUUUAUUCUCGCUUAAGAAGCUCACAUUAUGUGAAAGACAGACUGUAAAAGAUAUCGUUAGGGGCCGGUCAUUAUUUAUGGUGGGGGGUGGCACCGAAGAGAAAAUGGUUGGGUGAACAAAAUUUUGAGUGAGUAAAAGGUUGGGUAAAUGAAAAACUAAACAACUCAAGGGUUGGGUAAUAAAAAAUUAUUGUUAUUUCCAAGCAUGACUCACUGAAAUAUUGGAGACUAAAAAGCAAUGUCAACAGUCAUUUGUCAAUACAAUAUGUGAAUCAAUCAGAGUCACUAUCUUGAUCAUUGCUGGGAGACAAAUGGUGUCUCCAAAGAAAGUACAUGUGCAGACAACAAUACAACAUGAAACUUUAGACUGGAGAAAAUUUCACAAUCCAUUAUCAAACUCAUGUCACAGAAGUGGUGAGGGACUUGUGUGACAACUGAAUGGUAUCUUUUUGUAAUGUUUUUGACCAGGGGUGGGUAUUUCUUUUUUAAUUGAUAUUUGAGGUUGGGUACUCAAAUAUUUUACUUUUUAAUGGUUGGGUCAGCAAAAUUUUUGCCACGAAAAACAUUUCUCUUCGGUGCCACCCCCCACCAUAAAUAAUGACCGGUCCCUUAGGUGAGAAUAGAUUCAAUAUUAAAGGAAACACUAAUAUAAAAGAUAUGUAAGCAAACAGGUUACUUAGAUUUGUGCCUUGUCGAGAAUGGCUUACUGCCCAACGGAAGAGAAAUAUGGCUACAAAGAUAGUCGUUUUGAGAAAGCUGUCGAUGCCCACUUUCAUUGCUCGAUCUGCUACAAUGUUCUGAAGGAACCAAUGAUGUGUAGAAAUAAUGAACACAUAUUUUGUCGUGGCUGUAUCACUGAACAUUUAACUGUAAACUCGCAUACUUGCCCAGAAUGUAACGAGGACUUGACUGUCGAAACACUUCGCAAAGCGCGUCUGGUGAGCAAUAUUUUAUCUGAACUCAAGAUAAAGUGCGAUUAUUCUAACCGAGGCUGUCAAGAAUACAUUCGUCUGGAAGAGCUGGAUUCUCACGUCGAGAACUGCGGCUUUGCUCCGAUGAAAUGCUCAAACGAAGAAUGUCAAAUGGUGGUUAAUAAGCGAGAGAUUAUUCAUCACGAGAGCACGGUUUGCGAGUACAGGCAAGUCAAGUGUCAUAACUGUGUGAAGAUCGAGCAAGAUGUGGACGGAAUGAACGAGAAAAUGAAAAAAAUGAAGCACGACAUGGAAGGAAUGAAGAAGCAAAUGCAAGGCCUCGCAUCCAAAGAGGAUGUAGACGACGUGAAGGAACUGAUGGUCCAAAUGCUUGAAAAAUUAGGCUUCCUUGAGAACACCAUUCAAAUUUCAUCUGCUAUCAACCACGAAUCGAAUGCAUUAACGGAAUAUUUCUUGGUAGCAGGGGGCUGGGACAGUUGUGAGAAUGUUUUAAGAUCUGUGGAACGAUUUUCGUGGAAGAAUAAUAUGUGGGAAAGAGUGUCCCCAAUGAGCGUUGGUCGAAUAGGAGCAACGUCGCUUGUUUACGAGAAUCAAGUAUUUGUCGCUGGCGGAUGUGAUAGUGAUGUGGAUGUAUUAAAUUUGAAUCUUCUUCCUCGACUAGAAUGGCAUAAAGCUAUCGUUCCUUUGCCCUGCCACAGUCAGCGCAUCUGCUCCGUGGUUUAUCAGAACCGUGCAGUUCUUUUUUGCCCACCGGAUGAAACCGACGGUAUGGGUGCUUGCGUAGAACUAUGCUUUACGACUUAAAGCACCUUACACAUGCGAGCAGUUGUGCAACCUGCCUGUACCGGGAAGGAAAAAUUACAGGGUGGUUGCAUUUGAGCACAGAGUCUUGAUUUUUGGAGGACGGAGUGUUACCAAUGAUUACUUACUUGAUAGUGUGUUAGAGUUUGAUGUUACUACUAAAGAAUUCAAAGUUAUGCCUUCGUUACCAUGUGCUUUAGAAGAAAUGGCGGCCGUUCGUUGGGGGGACGAAGCAAUUUUGAUUGGAGGUGCAGAAGAAUUGGAAUUUGGACAAACGGAGUUUUUAUGUACAAUUCAAAAACAGGCAACAUCACAGGAUUGCCACCUAUGAAGGAAGAAAGAACUGGCGCCGCUGCCGUUAUUACUGGCAAUACAAUUGUCGUGAUGGGUGGACGGGGAAAGACAAUCGGUCGGCUUAGAUCUGUUGAAGCUUUCAUUUUGGGAGGUUAUUCCUGGAGAUGCUUGCCUGCUAUGAACGAUGUUAGAAGUCUCGCUACUGCAACUGUUUUACCAACAAAAAACGUUCGCUGACGUUCUAAUAGUUGUAGCUGCAUAUUCUAAUGCAAUAUAGAACAAACUGUAGUGUCCAUGUAGGGCGACUUGAUGCAAGAUUGAUGCUCAUGGAUAUAGCAAAACUUGAACAACCUUUAGUGACAAGUUCUUGAUUAUUAUGACUAUGAAGAUUCUUUAAGAUAAACUUAUUAAUGUUGUAGUUCUAUCAUGUUACAUUGUAAUUUGUAAAACGACUGCAAUAUGUAUUACGAUGUAUUACAUGAUUGUAAUACGAUUGUAAUUUUAAGAAUUGGUUAAACGAUUUUAAAAAAUAUGGACCUAAAUCACCUGGGGGUAUACUCUAUACGCCGCCAGGCUAUUGAAAGCCUUAGCCUAUUCCAGACAAAAAUAUACGACUUUCCAUACCUUGUAGCGGACUUGGACUCAAAUCUAUACAAAUUGCAGACCUUAUAAUACUACAAAAAUAAGUCUGUCGAAGCAUCUUGAAAAAUCGUACUCAAUUUCAGACCAAAAAAGCAUACCAAUACACUAUUUACCCCCAAUUUAUUCAAGCAUUUAAUCCUUACUUGCUAGCAUUUCUGUUUUUGUACCAACUUGCUGCUUAAAUAUUAGCCCUUUAGACAUUUUCUUUGUUUAAGUUAUUCUUAAAAUUGACGGUAAUGAAAUGAAAUAUUCUACCGGUUUCUUUGUUUCCAGGAAACAGUAAAAUGAAACAGGAAAAAAUACUGCAUUCAUUACAGAAUGAAUGAGAGACCUCGGAACAGCCGCCCCAUGCAAACCUAAAAAUAUCACAGAAGGUGGCUGCUAAUCUCUAUCUAGACAAAUGCCUUCGCUCAAAACGUCAAAGUGUUCUCUAUUAUCAUCAUGAAUAGUUCCCUUAGUGGAGUUUAAGUCAACCUUACGAUGCUUCUGUUUAACCAGAUGUGUUCACAGCAGUCUUAUAGAAAACUUGUGAACUAGCUAUUGUUGUGUUGUUUGGGCUCAAACAUAUAUAAUUAUCGUGCAUGUUUCAAAUAGAUCUAGAAUUGAACAGGUCCUGGCAAGAUUAAGGUUUAAAAGACGUCAAUUAAAAAAGAUAAACGCCUUAUCAGCAUCUGGCAAAUUAAUUGAGCAAUUGACCAUUUGCGUAAUAGACUAAAUUUUGAUCUCAACAAAAAUUUCAUUAUAGCUUGAAAGAGCAUCACAAAAUUAGUAAUAUUCCAAAGUUUCGUUGCAAAAUGUUGUAAAAUGCGGAAAAUAUAACCUUGCGAAAUUUGCAAUUUUCAGUCAUUUUAGAUUACAAACCGGAAAUUGACAGCCUCGAAGGGUUUGGGGCUGUCAAUUUUCCGUUUGUAAUCUAAAAUGACUGAAAAUUGCAAAUUUCGCAAGGCUAUAUUUUCCGCAUUUUACAACAUUUUGCAACGAAACUUUGGAAUAUUACUAAUUUUGUGAUACUCCUUCAAGCUGUGAUGAAAUUUUUGUCUAGACUUGUUUAGUUCAAAAUUUAGUCUAUUACGCAAAUGGUCAAUUAAUGCUAAUAUUUUCCUUAUUUGUACGUCAUCAUGCUGGAAUGUUUCAAUAUUGAUAUUUUGCCUCCAGGAUAGGAUAACACGGCGACGUAUAAAUUAAAACCUAGUUUACAUCAUUUGUACUGUUGAAUAACAAAAGCUUUGCUAAAAAAGGUGGUGUUUUCCGAUCGAGCCCACAAAACGAUUAUGAAAUACAGUCUUACAUCAUUUGCACAGUUGAAUAUAGAAGCUUACACGCAUUUUGCGGUCUAAAUUAAGCUUUGUGAAAUAUUAAAUACGUGUUUUCCACAAAAUUAAACAUAAUUUAUACUAUAAAUAUUAUUUGAACAAAGAAUGGACGUGAUUCACAGGAAAUGGGAUGAACCGAUAAUCAAAUGUUAAUUUAAACAUGGGGAAAAUUUUGUUGCCAUGCAAAUUUGGCGCUUUAAAAAGUUAUGACAUUAACGUCUGUACAAACUACUCUUUUUGUCUUUUAAUUUAUUAAAAUAAACAGUAUCAAUCAUCUCACGUCUUCAUUCAAAGUACCCCGAUAGCUAUAUAUAAGUACCUCCAUCCACGCAAAACAAAGUCUCUGUUUAAGCUCAGUCUGAUCAAUUCUUACACACAAGUUCAUACUGAGCCUUCAAGAGCGGACUUAUCAGCUGGUGGUCGUGCUUGUGUGUUGAUUUCUGAAGCUUCUGCUGAACAUAUUUUCAGUCUUCAUUUCGGUAAAUACUGUCUCUAUACUCACAUAAUCUUAGUAGCGAUAUUGUUCUAGUAUUACUAAUAAAAAACAGUCGAUUUACUUGACUGAUUUGCGUUAUAUCCAGUUUAAUCCAUUGAGGAUCUGAAGGCGAAAUCAGUAUAUAUUCACUAUAUAAUAUAGAUAUCGGAAGGUUUGGUUAAAUCAAAGAAACAAUCAUGGCACAUACGAUGGCAAUGAACAGUACCAAUAUGACUCAUCAUCAUACAUCUAUGCCCAACAUGUCAAUGCAUCAUACUGGAAGCGGUCAUGGCGGAGGACACGGAACGGGAGGGAUGCACGGAACACAUCCAAUGAGUGGACAUGGUACACAUUCAAUGGGUGGACAACAUUCAAUGCCAGGAGGACAUGGACUUGGGCAUAUGGUAAGGAGUAUAUUAUAGUCAUUACUUUAUACAGUUAAGUCCUACAGUGAUAUACGCUCAAGGUAUACGACACGUCAUUACUAACUACAGAGAGUUUAAUCAUAGACACAAAGUUAUAUAAGCUACAUUUACUAACAGUAAGCUGUAAGCAGCUAAAAUUUGCGGUAUCCAAAGGGAUUUUUAUGAAUAUGUCACUUGUUUGCUUAAUUGGUGCUUAAAUGAGAGUAGAAGACAAUAUAGCAGUCAUAAUUCCUGAAAAUAUAGAGUAAAGAUCAGUCCAACUGACAAAAGCUGGUAAGCCAAGUCGGUUGAAUCCAAUUAAGCGGAAGACAUAAUGUAAACUACUACUUCUAUUAAAGUUGUAAUUUCUGUCAAUUUAAAGUAUGGUUGUAUUGUGAUUAGAUUGGGUUAUAAGGAUCAUCGGUUCAAAUCCCACAGCGGUUGGGCCGAUACUCGGUGUCUGAAAACAGUAGGUUUUACUCGUGUCUACGCGUGCCCAUACAUUUUAAAGUCAUUAUUCGACAAAGAGGUGAAAGUCUGAGCGGUAUAUGGUAGCAACUUCUCCCUCCAGCGAGUUUUAAAUCGUAAACAAACCAUUUACCGACUACUUGUGUGGGAAUUAGACAUAAUAAAACUAUUCUUCAUUUUGUUCGUUUUACAAACAGGAAGAGGAACAAUGUAAUUAUAUAUUUUCAGUAGCGUGCAGCCUUGUAUUUGGCAGAAUUGAGAGAUCUUUCUCACUUUGGUUGUGAAAUCUUUUUAAACAAUACGUCUACCUAUCAGACGGAAUCGAAUUGACCACUUGCAUGAUGACGUCAGUGCACUAAAAGUCUAGAACAACCAGUAUUAAAUCACUUAUUGAGUAAUAACCUUGAAAACCAGAUACGAUACUCUGUUUUAAUAGAAGUCUAGAACAACCAGAAUUAAAUCACUUAUUGAGUAAUAACCUUGAAAACCAGAUACGAUACUCUGUCUUAAGUGAAAACACAGAGGUCAAAAUAUAGUGGAAAUUUUGAUUUUCAAUAUAUAACAAUGCGUUUUGGAAUAAACAGCAAUUGCGUAACUGUUCAUGUGAGUAAAAGAAAUUUUUAAUCAGUAUGCCCAAAAAUCUCUUAGAAGCAAAUGUUUGCAGUGAAAUCAUAAGAAACAUAUAAAGAAACGUAUAUAUGACGUGCCUACUUUCAUCAGGAAUGAAUAACAGAAUGUCUGAGCAUACCGGAUAUAGUUAUUCAACUCUAAUUUGGAGGACAAAAUAUGUCGAUAGUUGCUGUAUAACAUCGCCAUGAAAAGAGUCUAUACUAAAUUGAAAUUCAAGUAUCUACUUAUGAGCAAGAAGAUCGGGCUCUUAUGAAAAUUGAUGUUUAGUUCAAAAAUCUUAAAUCGACUUAAGCCUUCAUUAGCAUGUAUGAAGUUCUAACUACCGCAAGUACGUUCCUAUUUGUAUAUUGGCACCACUGUGAUUGGCACGAGAAGAGUGUCACGUAAUGACUCUCUCCUGCCGCCUGCGCUCCUUCGCCCAGCGGCUACGCUCGUGUUCCAAGGUCCGCCAUGUAAAGUGUAGUGAAAUGUAUCUCGUCGUAAUAUUACAUCUUAAGAAAACUAAAGACUCUGCGGAGAGAGAGUAAUAAUGAUAAUGACCAUAACCUACCCAAACCAUCAGCUAAAACUAUGAAAAAAGGCAGGGUGUUAGCCAGAAGUAAAAGAAAAUCCGCGUUUACCUGAAAUUGGGAAAUUUAUUUUAGCCUGAAGCCGGGCAUUUCUUUGUGGGUCUGGGGGCGCAUGCGGUUGCCCCCUGUCGAUUUUGAAAAUUUUUGUGUCUUUGAAAUGGCAUUUCUCGCAUUUUGGGAGUAAUUUUGAGCAAAUGUAGUUAUAAGCAUGUUUUUAAUGGCGUAUUAACAACAUUGAAUUUCUAUAACUAUUUUUUGGCUGACCCAAAUUGGGAAAUUGCAACCUCAAAGUAAUUGGGAAAACCGCGUUUAACGCGGAUUUUUUUACUUUAGCUAGCUAACACCCUGAAAGGCUUCAUCGAUAUCAAGACGCUAAAGUAUAUGGAAGAUUUACUUAGAAGAACUUAUUUUUCUGAAACUAAAUUAAACAAAACAAGGUUAAAAAUUUCGUUCAUCACGCCAGCAAAAACGACGCGGACAAAAGAAAAAAAGUCACUUCGCGCAAACGAAUUCGCCUAGACCUAGUGGAAAACAGGCUUUAUUUCAUUUCCCUCCUAUUUCUUGUCACAAUUUCCAUCACCUGCGUCUACAGUCACAAAAACGUUCAUCGGCUAAUCUGACUACGUUCAUUCCUGAGGAAACUUGGCAUGUACAAUGUAUAUACGUUUCUUUACUGUUAUACUUCUUAUGGUUUCACUGCAAACAUUUGCUUCUGAAAGAAAUUGUUGUACAUAUAAAUAGAAAUUUCUUGUACUGUUCACGUGACCAGUCUUUUAUGCAUACGUAUUAUAUGUAGGUAGAUAUAUAGUUAGUUACUUAGAAUAUAGGGUCUACUGUAAAACAAGGAGGACUGUGCCUAGCCCCAGAAGCUAUCAAUCAUGGAACACCGUUUUCAAAAACCCGCCGUGUUUUCGUGCACGUUUCUAUAGCAAUAAGUGUUAUGAACCCGUAAACCAAAAAGUUAUGUAACAAAUUCCUCGGCACCACGGUAUGUGCGUGCGUGUGAGGGGGUUAUAAGUAACAAACUGAAGCCUUUUAAGGCAAUCAUAACCACGUGAGGUCCCGGUAAACUGGCAGGGGGUUAUUUUUUAUGUUCUAAACUUAGCAUUGUUUUUGUUGUCUUGUCAUAAAAUUUUAUGUGCUUGCGUAAGGCAGAUUUACACUACACGACUUUUGCUCAAAACUGUCUGAUGCAACCUGCUUACAACACGAGUUGUACUGUGUAAAUCAACUCACCUAUGUUGUCGUAGACGAGUUGUGUGUUUGAUUUACACAGUACAACUCAAGUUGUAAGCAGGUUGCAUGCGACAGUUUUAGGCAAAAUUUGGGCCUAUAAAUUUAAAUAUAUACUCUACAUGAAGUAUUUUUGUAUGGUAGCCGAAGAACAUUACUAUCGCGGGCUUACAGAUUAUUCUCAUGCCCACACGUGACUAUUAGCAUACUAUUAGCAUUUUAUUAGCAUACAAAUACAUGUCCAUAUCAAAAUACAAAAUAUUCAGGAUUGAACGCAAUCGGACGCGAAAUACAGCGAAAUACAACAUACAUUUGUACGGAUUUCAAAAUGAAUAUGCAUCAUGGAACUGGGAUGAUGAUGGGUAAGAAUAGCUCGGGACAUAUGAACAUGGACAUGAAUCACAUGAUGAAGGUAUAAAUUUUGCGUUUUCGUUUUCGCCUCUGAGUUCUAAAAGGGAAGUUAAUAAUAAAUGGCAAAUUUCGGAUGUUUCUCAAUUAUAUAUUUCGUUUCUAUGGUAUAUAAAAGCAUUAAGUAACUGGGAGAAGAAGUAAUACUUUCGCUUUUAGAAUACGAAUACAAUUUAAGUGCUCUGUAUGUUUUGAAUUAUGUCUCGAAGGGCAUUCGGUAGAUCACAGGGUAGAUCAAUGCAUCAAAGAUUAAUUUCUCAAAUUUCAAACGGGAAAUUCGAUUAAUAUAUUAUAAAUAUAUAAUAGGGUUUUCACUAAUUCUCAGAAACAAUUUAUAUGAUUGGUAUUGACUAUUGAGUAACUGAAUUAGAAGUCAAUCUUUUCUCAUAUUUGUAGAUCACAGAAGCAUACAAAACGUAGUUAUAUGUUCUGUAUAAAUAUUAAUAUUACACAUCAAAAGGUUGUGGAUCAGGGCAUUGAUGAUUAAUUCUCAUACCCAGUAUUUGUUUCAAACACGAAAAUUGGGCUAUAUCAUUAUAUGUAUUAAAUAUAGUACGUUUCUCAAUGAUUUUUUGGAAUACAAUUUAUGAUUGAGAUCUGAUUUCAACACAUCAAUGAUUGUAAAUUUCUCAAUUUUUUAUAUUGAAUGAGAAAGAGCAGCUAUAUAAUACGUUCUAUCAAUGAUUCUAGGACAAACAAUUUAUAUGAUUAGUAGUAUCACUUACAUGUAAGUGACUGGGUAGUUCCUCGGGUAGAGGAGAAGUGAUCACGUGAUCGGCUAGUUGUGUUGUUUGUGGCGUCAGAUAUAACCAAAUCCCUAUCUCUAAGCCUAAUCCUUACCCUAACCCUAACCCUAACCCUUACCCUAACCUCAAAACUAAUCGCUAUAACUAACUGAUGACGUAGUCUGUGAUGCAAAUUCUUCUACCCGAGGAUGUACCCAAGUGACUGAAAUCAAAUGUGAUGAUAGUUAGUUUUAGUAUGUUUUACCAUUGCAUCAUCAAAGACCAAUUUCUCAAAUUUGUAUAAAUCAAUAAAUAUGUUUAAUAACAAUACUGCAAAUGUAGCCAAUGGCAAUGAAAAUUCUGUAACAAAAUGCUAGCAUAAGGUAUUAAACCACUUUGUUUUAAGCAAGUAUAUUCUUGCAGUUUUGAGAUUUUUUGAGCAACUGUUUUGUUUCGGUUUGCAAUGUUGCUUCUAUUUAAAUGUACAUGGUACAAAAAAUUAUUUUUGGAAGAUUAUUUAUGAAAUAGAGGAAUUACUUGUUGUAAAAUCAACUAGAUUAAUCUAAAUUAAACCAAUAUAUGAUAUGCAUAUAGCAUAUUUUGCCAAUAUUCAUUUUGGCUGUUUUCCCCGAACGCAAAUAUUCCAACAUUGCUGGAAAAUAAUAAUGUAUGCAUAGUUUGAAAACAAAGACUAUCCAUGAAAGAUAAAUGUUGUGUAUUAAAUUGUGAUUUUUGACAGGGUUAAAGGCAUAUAUACUAAUAAAUAGAGGAGUACCUAUUCAAACUGACCUUUUAUUUCUGUGGUACUAUUAAAAAUAUUGUGCAUAUUGGGCAAUAUAGACUUGACAUUUUUAUUUGUGUGGGAGUGAGAACAGCUGCAGUUUUUGUAAUGAAUCGAGAUUUUAAUUAAUAAAUGUUUUGAAGUGAAAUUUUAAGAUUACUGGUCUAUAUUACUAAAGCCAAGUUACCAUGUAUCAUAGUGAUAUGAUAUUAUGACCAUUGUAACUCAAUAUAAUAAAGCGCCCAUGGAUGUAAAAUAUUUUUACAGUUCAAUAGAUAGCUGAUUUGCAUACAACACAUACUGUUAAAAACAACAAGAAAGAGCUAUACUAUUUCACGUCAUCAAAUGUGAAUUGGUCACAACAUUGUGACCAAAUGUAAACUAGCAUUCAACAACAUGGUUGUGACAUGUUCCUUGUUGGUAUGUACAAAAAUCAAGUGUUUUUAACUGGCUUAUGGAUUAUAUGCCACUAUAUGAAGCAUCAUAAGUUGAUUAACCUAAAGUGGUCCCCCAGUGACCACUAAAUCACCUGGUGUUUGCAAAAUGUCUGCACUAAUAACCCUUAAGAGUGCUUAGGUCACACAAUUUUCAACCAUCAAAACAUUAGGUAUAUGCAAUGCAAACAUGGCCGAAAUAAUGUCGGGUCAAAUAUUCAUUGUCUUCUGGACUGUAAGGACUUCUAAGGUCAAUUAGCAUAUAAAGAUAUACUUCAAAAUCCCCAUUAGGAUAAAUUUCAACUGGUAUCUUUGGCAAUGUAUGGGACAUAAAAUAACGGCAUACACGACAAAUUCCAAACUGCACAAGCCUUAAAAUAUCUUUUACAGGGCCGUCUGACAAAAUGUCCGGUGAUGUUGAGUUUGGGUCGGACAUAUGUCCGUUGACCUUCAGUUCAGUUUUGACUCGGAAAUAAGUCUGAAUGACACAAAUGAAUAAAUGGUAAAUGUUGUAAAGAUAUUAAUUAAAAUUAAAUAAUUUGUUUCUUUCAUACUUAUUUCCAAGCCAAAAUUAACUUGCUUGCCAGAACAGCAGUAUUAAAAAAGACUUCGACAACUUAAGCCCGUUUUCCACUUCACCAUUUCGCUCGCCGCCCUGCGCUCGACUAUACGUUAAAACAACAUUUCCAGUUCACCUUUUUAUACAAUAGUACUCUGAUUUUCCAUUUAACAUACAAGCAUCUAGUCCUGGGCUAGGGUACAUUUUGAUUUGUACGUCGGACAAAGCUACAGUUUGGUCGGACACCAAUACACUCAGGUCGGACAACCAAUAAACCCCAGUUUCACUUUGGUCGGACAGAAUGUCCGGUGGUUUCCUCUCUACGUCGGACAGUUUCACGAAUGGGUCGGACAAUGUCCGUGACCGACCGAUAUUUUAAGGCCUGCUGCAGAAUGCAGAAUACAAUAGACAAAUGAGAUGGCAACAUUUCAUUGAUCUUUUGAACCUAGUUUUGAAAGCAAGGAGCAAGACUCACUCUUCCUAAGAGGGUCUUAUUAUCCAAUUAAUAAGUAUAAUGAUGGAUGUAUUGAUUGACUGAUAAUUUCAGUUUAAAGGCUGCAUGUGAUCUGAUCUAAUACAUUCCAUUAUUCUCAUCUGAGAUUAAUAGAGUAUAAGUUAAAAGAUGGAAAAAUCAAUAUUGUUGAGGAACAGUCUUUUUAUUCUUACUCUUUGAGUUCUGAGUAUCACAGUAAGAGGUUAGUUCCUUGUUCACUUUACAGCCUAAAGGAACAAGGAACUAACUUUGUCAACGUGUCACUUUAAUGGGAUUUUUAGGUUUAAACAGCUGUGUUUAUAUUCAUAUAUUGGCUUAUUAUUUUGGAAAAUGUCCAUGUCAUUUAAUGGCAAUCACAUUACCACUACAAUUAAUUAAUGUUCCAAUUAUUAAAUAAGUGGGUUCGACAUAUUUCAUUAUUUCGCAGAUGUAAAACUGUUGAGUGGCAACCAGGAUUUUUUUAUGAAAGAAAGUUUAAACAGCUUACAAUCAAAUGACAAAUAUCUAAACAGCUUAGUAUACGAGAUUGCUUAAUUAAUAUGCAAGUGACUUAGUAAAACAAUGCGGUGUGAAGAUAUACAAUCUCCUGAAAAAUAUAAACACAAUUUUGAUGUUUCACCUCGUUCGAAUUCCUGACAAAAGGCCUUCACUUGUAACGUCAAAAAUAUUUUCUCGUUUUCUUCAGGUGUUUAUAUUUUGCAAUGGCACUGACUGUUUAUAACUUAGUAAAAAUAUGUCAAUUUUCUAUUGCAAAAUCUUUAUUAAUAAUAAUGAUAAUUUAAUAAUUAUAGUAAAAAAUCUCAUUAAUAAUUCAUGAAGAAAAAACAAAAUAAAUGAAUGUUUAAUCAAUGUUUGUAAAUCGGAUAAAGAUUUGUCCUGAUUUACAUAAACUUCAGCUUUGAUUUUCUCGGCUUAGGCAAUGUUCAUUUUUCAAAUUACUUCGCCAAUAAACUCAUAAGAUGGGUCGUUUUAUAAGCACGAUAAAACAUUCAUAUCAUAUCUUUAUCUGAUAUACAAACUCUUGCCUUCGGCUUGGGUAAAGGUAAAGGGUGGGGGGCUGCACCUACCCUACUACCCCAGUUCCUUAGGCGUGACUUUCACUGACAUAAUUUUUUGACUUGUUUUAGAUGUAUUUCUCAUUCAGUUCAAAAGCAACAAUUCUUUUUGAAGAAUGGGAUAUUGAUAGUACCAAAGGUAAAAAACCUACAUUUUCUGAAUGUAAUUUGUGAAUAAAAAUAUCAAUAAAACAAAGAUAUUUGUAUAAUAACAUUGGUUUAAUGGUUUAAUUAUUAAUUAGAACUCAAAAGAAUUCCACGUAUAUCAUCCUGGAUUCAAUAUUCCAGAAUCCUGGCUCCACUGGCGUAUAAAUUAACCGCGGUUUUGUUACUAGUAAAAUUUUUCCCAUGCAAAUAUAAUACACAUUUUUUUACAAAAUACAACCUUAAAUUUAUUGAAACUUCUAAAAAGAUUGCAACCCACAUUUGCUUUUACUUCGGUUUAAUUUAGCUGCUUAAAAUGACUAAAAUAAAAGCGCUUUCGAUUGAAACGUUUUCCACAUGGCUCCGCCGUACUAGCCUCGCACACGAGUUUAUAUUUAUACAUUUGUAAAAAACCUAAAAUUUGGCUUUAAAAGCGGCUAAAGCCUGCUUAAAUAAAAGUUAUGGCAUUGUCUAUUAUAAAUACUAAAACAAACCUCUCUUCUGGCCACAAAAACUCGCUUCUUUAUCGCCUUUGCUUUGUGUUCUCGCUCAAAGACAAACGGAAGGCGAGGCCAUUUUGCAUGGAACAAAAUCUUUCGUCUCUGAAAAGAGUGCAAAACAAGGUUAUUUCUUUUCAAAUCAUCACUUAACAAAACGCUCUAGCUUUUUACCUUUUUUAUGAAGUAAUUUUGUGAUUUGACAGUGUUUUAAACGGGCGAUGUUUGUUGAAAACUUUCAAAGUAUAAAUUUGCCACACUUCGAUGCGUCUUUGCCACUUCGCAUCUGCGGAUAUUGCUGUGCGGAACAGCGGACGGCAAAAAUUUUGCGACGGCGUAAAACGGGUCUCAGUAUAAAUUGUCAGCUAAAUUUUAACUUUUAAGGUCAUUGUCAGGCUGCCAGAUAAGAUAUCAGUAGCAAAUUGCUGUUGCUUAGUUUGUCAACGAUCUGUUAAAGAUAUUUUAUCAGUUAUCAGUAAAAAUAGGGGCAAAGUUCUACAGUAAAUAGACCUUUCGAAUUCCCCUUUUGAGUGAAAUUUUGAUCUAGACAAGUCUGGACAAAAAUUUCAUCACAGCUUGAAAGAGCAUCACAAAAUUAGUAAUAUUCCGACGUUUCGUUGCGAAAUGUUGUAAAAUGCGGAUAAUAUAGCAUUGCGAAGUUUGUAAUUUUCAGUCAUUUUGUAUUUAAUACAAAUGGGAAAUUGAUAAUCAGUUUGAUCAUCUGAUUAUCAAUUUCCCGUUUGUUAUGCAAAAUGACUGAAAAACGGCAAACUUCGCAAGGCUAUAUUAUACGCAUUUUACAACAUUUCGCAACGAAACUUCGGAAUAUUACUAAUUUUGUGAUGCUCUUUCAAGCUGUGAUUUUUGUCCAGGCAUAUCUAGACCAAAAUUUCACUCAUAAGGGGAAAGGUCUAUUAAGGCUUUUCAAACUGUUAUAAUUUCAACUAUUUCAGGAAUGGUGUGGUCGUGUUUCGUGGUAUUCCUUUUGGCAAUCAUUUAUGAAGGAUUCAAGGUGUUCCGUGAAGUUCUUCGUGAGAAAUACGGCAGUCCCAAAAGUUACAAUCCUUCAAGCAAUGGACAUGGGCCGGCUGGCAAGAGCCCUUAUGAUACAACUGUGUUUAGCUACAGGUAAAUGAAACAUGUACAUGAAUUAUAAUUAAUUAAUUACAGAUAUUUUCUCCAAGAGCAUCGCUCAUCAAGGGAGAUUAUGUCGGAUUAUUUACAAAGUUUUUUUUUGUCACGAAUGACAUUUUGCUAACAACAUAGCUCUAUUGUGAUAUAUUGACAAUGUUAUUUUGUUUCUGGAUUUUAUCUUGCCAACAAUUAUUUUAUUACAACGAUGGUGUUUACAAAUUACAAUCAGAUGGCAUGGAGAACAGUAGUAUUUUCAAGACAAUGAAAACACAAUGGAGCAUUUUGAUCAGCAGAUAGUGACUGGAUGGCACUAUUGUACACAAGGCCUAUUUCAAAGUCAUUGUGAAAACUAUUUGAAAACGCCUUGCGCCUCGUAAAGCCAGUUGCCACUUCAAUCGCACCGAAACGUAGCGUAUUUCUUUGUUUUCUGAGCGGUAGUGUGGAACUAAUUCUACGGUAUGUAAACGGUACGAUUGAAGUGGAAAACAGGCUUAACGCUGCCUUUCAACUUUCAAGUUCUCCUUCACAUGCUAUGCACGAGCACCUUUCAAUAGGUUUUCAAGGAGCAAAAGUUUGGAAUUCUAUAGAUGAAUCAUUAUUAAAAACAACUAGUUUUCGAGUAUUUUAAAAAAAUAUGAUGUUAAAUAUUGUAAGGGACUAUACUGGAUGAUCCUGUUUGGAUACAAUGUUUUCUCCAGACUACAACACAAUAUUAUGCGAAUGGUUUGUUCCGGUUGUUUGCCUACUUAUUUUCCAACCUAUCACGAGUUGCUGCUUCACUGAUCAAUAUUUUUUUGCUAUAUGCAAACGUGUAUCUAUUUUUCCAGUUUAUAUCUCCACCGUUGCUGCAAGUUGACUGAUUUAUCUUUAAACCUGCUAUAUUAAUGUCAUAAUCUUACAUCAUGCCUGUUCAUAGUUAGCCUUUAUGGUUAUUACAGGCAAUCGACUGUAUGUUAAUUUAAUUUAAAUUUAAGAACAACUGUAAGUAGUCUGUAGUGUGUUUUGACAUGGAAUGUCACGGUGGCCAUGUCAUGGAUGGCAACAUCACAAGUACCGUCAUUCAACAGAGCGAUACCGUCCAACAUACCAACAAGACCAAGGGAAUGCAUGAAAAUAUUCAAUAUGGCGUCGAACGAGGCUGAGAAACUGGUCCCUUAAUUUAAUAAACAUUCCUUACAAAUCCUUCAAAACUUAGAAUUUAUCUAUGCAAAAUUCCUACUGUGAUCACAGAAACUUUGAUAAUCUAAACCAGCCCUCACAAAAUAAUUGAGAAACACUAUAUAUAGGUAACAAAAUAUAGAACGAACCUUAUACCUUUUUCUUUCCAGAAACCGUUUCUGCAACUGGCAUCACUUCGUUCAGUCAUUCCUGCACAUCAUUCAAGUUGCCCUUAGUUAUUUCCUCAUGUUGAUCGCGAUGACUUUCAACGGAUGGCUGUUUAUUGCCGUGUGUGUCGGAGCUGGCUGCGGCUACUUCUUGUUCAGCUGGAGAGUCGCCAAGUCGUACGAUGUGAACGAACAUUGUCAUUAA